UUCCUUCACUAUACUGCAUCAUGGUAUAGGUUUACAAAUGGCUGCACCAGAAAUGAAACAAGAUUUGACACGAAACAAGGAGUAAUGUUGCCUCUGAAGUCCAAAAUAAUAUAUCUUAGUGUGCGCUUAUGUAACUAAAAUGUAUGAUCUUUAAUAAUCUUUUGCAAAGCACAACCAUUGCCUUUUAAUUCAUCUUAUGAUGGGCCUAAAUAUUUAUGUUCAUGACUCGAUCAAAUAUGAAUCAUGUAGUUGAAGUUUUUUUUUUUUUUUGCUGCUGUAACUUUUCGAACUCUUUAUGAUGUUUACUAUGACACACGACUUUGAUUUGAAAACGACGAUUUCUACUAACAAUCUAUAAUUUACAAUUAAAACUUAGGUGUAACUUAAACUGAUUCAGUCUUAAUUACUCUUAACUAUUAACAACAUGCUUUGAUUCUUUGAUGUUUCUGCUGCACUUUUCACAGGUGUGAUACAUAUUCUAACAUAAAUCAUAAACAAAUUUUAUAUUUAUAAGGAUUUUGUUCUUUAUCCUUUUCUCUUAUUUUAACAAGGCUUUCAUUUCUCACCACCUUGGUCUUUUAAACUUCGGUUAGCCAGCCACAAUGACAGUCACCAAUGCCAUGCCAACCAAAUGAAUUGUCUUAACUUAUGUUGGCACCUUCAUAUCUUUCUAUGUCAUGUCCUUGUAUUGUAGUUAUAGUUCAGUAACAGCUGUGCAGUUUUUCUUAUCCCAGUGGUGGGUACCCUAAGGCUCUGGAGGGGCAUGCAUCUUUCUGAGGGAAUGGAUGCUGCUUUUAAUUUUAAUUUUACUACAUACACCCCUGCCUGUGUCUCCCAAAAUGUUUUCUGAGCAGAUAUGCUAAAAAAGUCUCCUCACUCGGAUGAAAUAUUUUACAAAUGACUCCUCACUCAAAAAAGGUUUCUGACUCCCCUCAGCCAGUUCCAAGGUAAACUUUUGUCCUUUCCCUUGCCAUGUCCUUAGUAGUGAAGGCUCAGCGUGGAGAACAUGCUGCACAUUUUGACUCAUUCAUGAACUCAGUUUUUGGGCACUUUGUCUUGUCAUCAAAAGCCCUCAUUAUUGUAGUUGGAAUCCUCUGAGCUAUAGCUCAUGGCUGUUGUAUUUAGUUCAUGGUUCUCAGCUGUAGUUCAAUUUAGCCAGUUACAUUCUUUUAAAGACAUUACAUUAGUACUAAAUAUCACGGGCUAUACUAUUAGUAUUAGUGAAAUCAUUAUUUAAUUAAUUUAGCACUUUAUGUGUGAGAUUACUCAUUUUCAGUUUACUGGCAUUAUAUGAAAUAAUUUUUUAAAUAUGCUAACAUCCUAUUAAAAAAAUGUCUAGUACAAUUAAAAAAAAUACAGUUUAUAAAUAUACUCGUAACCUGCCCUUGCUGUGAUAGUGUUUGAAAUGUGUAGCAUUAAAAGUUAUUGUGUUUGAAAUGUAGCUUUAAAUAUUUGGUUUUCUUUUUUUUCUUCUACACCAUCAGUACAUAAAAAAUUAAAAGUAGAAAUUUGUACUUUUAAAUAAUGAGGAACUUAAUAAUUUUGGCAUAUAAAUAAUAAUACAUUUUCAGCCUCAUCUGUUGGCCAGAAUAAAAUAGGCAUUUUUAUUGAAGCUGAAAUGAAUUUUCAAAUGCCUUUGAAUCUUAGAAAAAAAGGUGUCUCUCAGCUGAAAAUAAGUAUAAGUAUAAAACAAGUUCUAACUAAUAAUUCAGCUUUAGCUUUUAAAAUAAGUCAUUAACAUAUAUUUUAUACAACCUUAAAUUUUUUAAUAUUCUUUAUCUAUAAUCAUUAUUCUUUUUCUUAUAAAGCGUAAUGCUAAGCAGAUAUUAAAAACAGUUAUACCUUUUUUUUGUGAAAAAACGGCUUUGUAAUUUUGUACUUUUUUUAGGCAGUGAAGAUUGUUUUAGCCAACUCACUAGCUUUACAUCAUGAAAAUAGGCCUCGAAGUAUUAGCUUCAACCAGCAUAAAACGCAGGAAACCUUGGUCUCGGAUAAUAUGGCUUGGAAAGGUAAUUUUAUAAAAUUUUUGCUAAAUAUAAUUUUACAAUAAUAUAAAAUAUUGACAAUCUCGUCUGCCUGCAAAUGUGAUAAUUUAGGCUGAAUAUAUUAAACAGUAGAAUUAGCAUUUAAUAACUCCAAAAAAUUUGUCCUUUUUUAUUUUGCUAUAGCAUUUAAACCACAUUAAGUUUGUUACUAAUAUUUUAAUAAUGAAUAUACAUUUCUGUAGACUUAAUAAACACUAUUUAUUAUAUAAAUUUUCUCUCAUCAUUAAUACUGAAAACGCUAUACAUCUUGUUAUUUGAAUCUGACAAAAUAUCAUUUAGUACACCAUUAUGUAAAUUACAUGUUAGUAAGCUUUUUUUUAGGCCAUGUUAUAAGGUAUGCUAAUUUUAUUUACAGGACCGCCAGAGUUUAUUUCUAUUGGAUGACAAGCGUGUCAGCGUUUUAUAUAUACCAUCAGGAAAAACAAAAAGAAAUAUAACAAAAUUGUCUAGUUUGCUAUCAGAAACAGUAACUAUUACUUCAACUUUAGGAGGUACAUUUUUUGUUGUUGCUCAUUUAAAAGCCAUAAUCAUUACUUUAAAAAUAAGAAAAUAAUUUAGCUCCUGAUUUUUUAUGUAGAAAAUAUUUAAAUUUUAAAAAAUCAUUUGAUAUUUAGUUAUUGCUGUGUAAUGGUUUGUGUUUCUAAUCAAUGGAAAGGUUUAUAUCUGGUGGGUGUCCAGUCUUCUGGUGAAAUUUUUGUAUGGCACAAAGACAGAGAUGAACUCAAAACUAUAUGUGGACUCCCAGGUCUUCUUCUCAGUGGAGAAAUUACUUUAGGAGGUAUGAGAAAACUACUGAAACAAUAACAAUAAGAUUUAUCUGACAAUCUGAAGUCUUUGUAAUGGUUUAUGCUUGAAUAGCUUUCUUUUUUUUACUUUUGACCAUAGAUAUUAAACUUGGAUUUUUAUAUAGAGUAUCAAAAUAGAUUAUAUAUUUUCCUAAUCUUGUAACAAAACAAAAAUAUAUUUGUUUACAUGAAUUUUUUUUUUCCACAGAUGGUUGUAGGGUCUUCUCCUCACCCGACUGCUCCCAGAUGCUUUUGGUGGUCGCUAAUUGUCAUAUAUUCCUUUGGCAAAGACAGAUUCAUGCUGGGGAUUCCAAAAAUAACACCCUUUUGGGCAACUGGUCCAAACUGACCAUACCAGGUUUGAUCUAUCUACCACCAACUGGAUGUAAGGAAGCUGGUAUGCAUGCUGUCUUUGCCAGCAAUGAGGUGAGCAUGCAAUUUCAUUAAUAUUUGGUCUGAUGAUUAAAACCUAUUCAAAAAGAAUUUUAAAUAUUAUUUGAAUUUUAGAUGCAACAUAUACCUUACCUGAUUUUGAAGAUUGAUUUUCAUUUACUUUAAUGAUUUUUUAUGGACAUAAUUUUAUUUUUGAAUUUUUAACCAGUCUACUUUAUUUAUUAUGACCAUAAUCAGAACAUUUUAACUGACUUUUGAAAAAAUUAAAUCUUUUUUCAAAACUAUUUUUAUUGAUUGGUCAAAAGUAUUAUUAAUCUGUUUUUUAAAAUAUUAAUCAUGCCUUAGAAAAAACAAGAUUAUGACACAUUCUAAACAGUAAUAAAACCCCUCUAUUUAGUACAUGAUUUUUAAUUUUAGUUUAUCAAAGUCUUAUUUUCAAUUAUUAUCAUGGGUUUCUCAAUUCUAAAUUAAAUUAUGUUUUUUAUUACCAUAAUAUAUAUAUACUUUUAACAUUUUUACAGUAACAUGAAAAAUGAUUGAUACAAAUUAUUGGUACAUAUCUUAAAUUAGACAUAACCUGAUUUUUUGGGGUCUAAUUUUGGGAACAGAUGCUUCUUUGCUGGUUGUAAUUUUUUUUGUUGAAAUUAUUUUUAUCAGACAUCUGGAAACUGCUUUCAGUUGAGCAUAGUCCACAACCAUAAGAAACAUUUAAGUGUUUCAUCCCUUCUAAUUCGGUUCAAUCCUGAUAUAAUACCUGAGUAAGUUUUCUUGUCUGUUACCUUCCUGGCAUAACAUUGUGAUAUAUUGAUUAAACCCAUCCUUUUUUUUAAAGUAAUAAACAUAGAUACAACUGUCUCUGUCUUUAAAACAUAGUGUUUGUAAGGAAAAUCCCAUUAGUAAGAUACCAUUUUACAAUAGUGUAAUAACUAUUUUACACAUUUUAAUAUAUUACUCCUAUAUUUAUUUGAAGCAAAAACUUUUUUAUUGAAUCAAUCUUAUCAACCAAACAGGGCUUGUCAGGAAAAAACUUAUUUAGAACUAAUAUAUCAUACACAUUUUUAAGUUAAUAAAAAGGGUAUUAUUUGUAUUUUUUAAAAAGAAGCCUGCAUCACAAGAAGUCUUUUACACAAGACUACCAUUUCAAAAAACAAAACUAAUCACAUCAUUUUCUUCACCAGCUCAGCCAAUGAAGACAUAACCCCAAUGCCAAUAUGGAACACAUUGAAUAUUCCACUUACAACUAUCCAACAGGGCUGUGAACCAAUGGCUAUGCGUGGAGCUUAUGUGUGUCAAUACACUCAUGAUGGGCAACUUUUGGCAAUAGGUGUUAAUCAGAAGUCUCCUGCUCAGACCAGUGUUAUAUUUGUUUCUCCAUUCACAGACACUUUGCUUGUUUCAGACUUGAGAGGAUGUGGUUUGAAGGACCCAGCAGUCAAGAGAGGAAGGUAAAAAGUUUAAUGAUGUUGGAAUCCUUAAUUGUUAUACUUGGUAAAAUAUUUAACAAAAAUGACUUUAGUUACUGUCAGAUUAAUAGACUCUAUGAUAUAAUAGUAGCCUUCAGUUACCAUUUUAAAUUUCCUGAAAAGGAAGCGGUUUGUUUCCAUCAGAUAAAAUUUGUUAGUUAACUUGUUAAUGGAAAUAAAAAAAACACUAUAUUUUAUUGAUCACAAUUAUAAAUAAAUAAAAACAAAGCUUUUUCAUAAUAGUGAAUGUUUCCAAAAUUAAAAGUACAGAUUUUGUCUUCUUAAAUUUUGGGUUGUAUUUUAAUUGUGAAGUAAGUCUGUAUGGAUGCUGGCACACAUGCUUGUCACAGUGAAUUGCUUUUUUUUGGCAGACAAUUCUGGAUUGCAGACAUGAGCUGGACAAGCGACAACUUGUUCUUAGCAAUAAUUCUGCGUAAUGGAUCUGCUGGCCUGCUGUCUCGUCUUGGUGAACCUCUGGUCCUCUUCUCAAAGGGUUGCUCUGUUGAAAUGGGACCUGCUUAUUUUCUACCAUUCACACCUCUGAUUUCAGUCCAGUAAGCGCUACUUAAAACAUUUACCUAUUCAAUUAAAUUUUGUUAUUUAAUUCAGUCAUGCUAGAAGAUUAAUUUUGAUUGAAAUAUUAAAUUUCAAAUAAAGGUGAAUUCAAAUCUUAAAGAAAUUUUAACACAAUAAAAUAAUAUAUACUUGUUAAAAUGAUUUUUUAAAAUUCAGGCUGUUUUUAAACCUUUUCUACAAACUAUUUAUAGGUCAGAAAGGAUGAGAGAGGAUGACCAUCAAUUCUCUUAUAAUUCAGAAAGAGACCCAUUACAACAAAAGUUCUCAGUUUCCACUCACCCAACUCUACCAAUCUUACUCUACUCUGAUGGCUACAUAGUCACAAUAGCUCAGCUGCCGAGUGAGCUGAGUCCAAUGAUUUUCAUGCGUGACCUGGUCCUCGAGUCCUCAUCCCACCUUAGGCAAAUAGCGGAGACUGUUCGCCUUGAUCUCACCCUGGCUAAUGCAUACAACCUCCCAGCUGGGGAGCUAGAGAGUGUAAAGCAGACCCCUAGAGGAGUUAAGCAAAUUAGGCCUAGUAAAGUCCCCAAGAAUUAUUCUUUUGAGGAAGCAAGCCAAAGCAUGAAUGAAACACUAGACAGUGAGGUCAGCUGUGCUCUUGGUGUAGAUCAAGCCAGUGCUCAGCAAGCAGGAGCAAUCCACAACAUGAGCUCUGGGAAAAUAGUCUUUGGUGAACCAGAGGUGCUUUUGAUGACUGAGGGCUCUUUUCUGAAUGAGCCAAAUUCCACCAUGAAAGCAUUGCAGCUGGCUAAGAUGAACCUGUUUAAUGUCUGGAAACUUGCAGCCUCAACCUCUGAGCUGUGGUCACCGAAUUUAGACAAAAUUGUCUCCCAUACAGUCCAUAACAUCGUCAAGCUUUUCUCUCUGGUACUUGACUGCCCCCAAAUAAAAGAUCUGCUGGAAGGAGCAGGUGAUCACCUGGUGACACCAUCAACCGUCACAACUCAAAGUCUUUUCAAGGUGACUAAACUCAAUGCAUCAUUCAUCCACACACUUGUUUAAUCUGUGUAAUUGUUGAAAGUAUAUACAUCUUAAAUCAUUCAACAAUUUUAAAGAAACCCUGUUUCUGAAAUGAUAAAUGAUUACUGAAUGAAAUAAUGAUUUCCAAUAGGUGGUCUUAAUCAGUGUUUCUCAGACAUUUUUCAGUCGCCUGAUGUGAAAGGCAUAUCCACCUCCCACUUACUAAAGGAAAUAUGGUCAGAUUGUCUUCCCCUGUCUUGCACAAUUUUUUCAAAGCUUGCUAUCAUGAUUGUAAAAAAUUUAUUCAAAUAAUAAAUUCAAAAGCUCCCAAGUUUACAACAUACAUCUUGAUGUUGGAGUAAAAUGUGUCUACGUAAAUCGUAAUGUCCCACUGAAUAUAAAAACUGACCAUUCCCACUGAUCAUUCUCCUGACCAAAAACCUUUUACAAGUUUUAUUUGUGAUAAAUCUACUUUUCUAUUAGUAGAUUGAUUUUGGAGUCGGAAUAAAAAAGUAUUUACAUGUAAAACCUCCACCAAUACUCUUUUCGACCUCCUGUUCCCCACUGAAGCAAUGCAUAGCCCACAAAGUUGUGGUUUAAGAGGGAGGAGUCUGUGCAAAUGUUCAUCCUGAAAACAUGUUAAAAUACCCUGAUUUUAACCCGUAAAUGUAGCAGCAUAUCUCAAGCAUUCUACAAUGAGGAAAUUCUCUCAUUGUUUUUAAAUAACUUAACAGGUCACUAACAAUUGCUUUAAAAAGCAUUGUCAGUAAUUUGAUAUUUGCUUUCAAGUGUUUUCAAAUCAUUCCAAAACUAAAUAAUAUUACAUAAUUUAAAAUUUUUUAAAAUUUACAAGGAAUAUUUAGGUUGGUUCAAUAAUUUUUAACUCCCAGGUAAUAUCCAUGUACAAGCAGCUGUUGGAUCUCCUGCAGUUUGACUGCCAACAGCGCCACCUUCUUGCGUCUGUUCUGCAGCUGGCCCAUAAGACGUUGAUUGUUAUUUUGUCAAGUGUUGGACUCUGUGACUCCGAUCCUAGGCUGAAAACUCUAACAGGUUGCUUCACGUUGCUCAAGUUUACAGAGAAGACCAUGGUGCAGAAUUACAUCUCCCUCCCUAGAAAACUCACGUCAAAAGGCUUUAGCCCCAGUCUCAGACUAGCUGAUGAGGAGGGUGACCUCAAACAUGGCAGUGUUGAAUCAGCUCAAACAGAUGUGCAGAUGGCUAAACGGUAAGCAUAUUUAUUCUCAUUCACAUUUUUAAAAAAAUGUAUUAAUCGAAAGAAAUUAAAUUCAUGUUGCCUUUUGCAUAUCUUAUUAAAUUUAAUUGAAUCUAAAACGUUACAAAUUUUAACUAAAUUUCAUAGAAAAUUUAAAAUAUAUUAGAAAAUUUUAAAGAGUUUUAAAAAAUUAUUAUGAAUAUCUAUCAGAUAAGCUUUGAUUCAGUCUAAAGAUUGUUUUUUUCUUUUCCAGACUAACGUCAACGUGGAAGCUCCUCCAUAAAGCAGUCUUACAGUUCCUGUCAAGGAAUGAGGAGAGCGCCCAUGACAUGAGACAGGCCCAGACUCUGCAGAGUGCCAUACAACAGUGUUUGAUAGAACUUGAUGUUGAUGUUGUUCCUAUUCAAGCCCCGCUUAUAAAUAGUGGUAUGUAAGAAACACAAUGCAUUUCACAUGUAAUAAGUCUUAUGCUAUUAAUAAAAAUAUUGCAUAUUUCAUACCAUCCACUAAGCGAGAAAUAGUUAAAAUAGAUUUAUAAUAAGGUCAUAUCAAAAUUUAACAUUCUGUCUAGACACAAUUAUUUUUUUAAAAAUGUGUAUGAAAAUGUUCACACCAUUUACAGGUGAGAGAUUUAGUCUUGAUGGGAAACACACAUUGGCUAUGAAUGCUUGGCAAAAACAGCUCAAGAAAUUUCAAGGUCAACUGAUAUUGAACUAAGCAUAUGUCAUUAAAUGAUUAAAACAGUGUCAAUCAAAUACACUUUUGCCAGCACAUUUAUUACAUAUUUCAUAAGUAAAAUUCAUAAAUGGUUUUAGAAUAAAUCUGGAAAGUUAAAAAAAAAAAAGAUAAAAUAAAGCAAGUUAAGAUCAUUUGGUUAAAUGCAUUUCUUAAACUGAUUACAUUUGACAAUUUCAGAGGUGGGCAAUGUAAAAAAUGCAGCGCGCCUGUUUCAUUCCUUGCUGUACACCUACAUCCUACGUAAUGACCUAACCACCGCAGUUUCUUUUGUGGACACUCUGAUUGCGAAAGCCAAUUCUUGUGAAGUGGAAGAAUUUGACCCAAAUAAAAAAGUUUCAAGCCAUAAUCUUCAACCAUCCCUUAUGAUCUUUGUAACCACUACACUCAAGACCCUGGUAACUAAUGCAGUAUUAAUAUUUGUUCUGAAAAAUUUAUUUUAUAUUCACUGACUUGCCAGAAUUCCCCAGAAUCUUUUACUUUUGAGGCAUUAUGCAUAGAUUUAAAUUAUUUACACAUUAAAGAGGCAACAACUUUUACAGCACCAACUUUCCAGUUUCAGUAUCUGGCAGAACACAGCCCGGGUCAAGUUUGUGUUUUAAGAAAAAGUUUUGUUCAAAUAUUUUUCUUUUUCACAUUAUAAUCAAAAACUUUACUAAGAAUAAUUAGUUUACUAAUUACAAAAAUAAUUAAUAAUUUAUCUCUGUAUUUAUUUAGGCACUUGAUGAGCCUGAUAUGGUGCCGUGCAUACGCGACAGGGCCAUCAGGCAAGUAGUUCAAUCCAUGGGGAGAUUUAUGGCUGCCUACUUUACUAACCAAAUGGUCUUCAUCUUCCCACCCCACAAUCCAACACCUCUUCCUGCUGUUCAUUUUGAGACCUCCAUAGCCAGUAAGUUUGAUAUCAUUAUUUUGUGUUUUUUUAAAAAUUAGAGUAUCCCUUUCAGUUAAGAAUUUAUUUCCCACUAAAAGAAAAAAGAGCUCGUUCGUAAAUUACGUCACAUGAAAAAAAAAGAACUUUUCAGCCCCCCGUCCCCCUCUCACAAAUCCCCCCCCCCCCCCCCCCCCACCAUGAUGUAAUUCAUGAACGACUCCUAAAACUAUUUAAAUUAAAAUACAACUAAAUAAUGUGUAAAAAAAAAAUUAAGUUUUUCUAGAGCAUAUUUCUGCUAUCAAUUAUUAAUUAAAAUUAAAUAAGUUCAUUUCAAUUUGCCUGCAAAACAUUCAUUUUCAAAUAGACAGCCGAAUCAUCCCUAAAUAUCAUGAAGACAUAGCAACCAUCAUAAGGCACCAAAAAUUGGGCUCUGUGUGGACAGUUGAACGCACACUAGAAUACCUGCUCCUUAGUGGACUUCUCUGUGAGGCUACCUGGUUUGCUGACCGCAUGGGAGAUUGGAAGUCAGCCUAUCAGCUGUCUGUUUCUCACACACUACACAAGCGUCUGGCAGUGCCACUGUAUGCCAGGUAAGGAAGACUGCUGGUUAUAUUGGUGGCAGGUGCUCUUGAGCUUUAAAUUAUACACACUGUUACUAAAUAGUCUCACACUGUUUAUAAUAGAACUUAAGCUGUUUGGCACACAACCAAUCAAAUCAUGAACAGAUGCCCUCACUGUGCAUCUUCUUUGGGCUGUAAAACAUGAAUCAGCUUUCAAUGAGUUUUACAGCUAGCCAAUGGGCUGAAGUUUGAUGUUUUAGUUUAUUAUUGGAUUCUUAAAUUUUUGCUUCAAAAAUAAUAAAAUAAACUAGAUAUAUUUUAAAACUAAUGUCAUAUAGAAAAUAAAAUGAACUAAGGCUUAACCGGGUCGGAUAUUUAGAGAAAAUACCUGCUGGGUCCAAGCGUUACAAAAGAAAGAGUUAACUUCUCAUUUUCUAUAAUCUAUGUCAGGCUUUAAUCAAUAGUCCUAGAGACCGUCCUACACCCUACUUGUCUCCUUUAAACAAUAGACACAGACCCUACCUGCUGGCCUUUAAACAAUAGGCCAACAGACAGUCCUACACCCUACCUGCUGGCCUUUAAAUAAGAGGCAUACUGACAGUCCUACACCUUAACGUCCAGCCUUUAAACAAUAGGCUUAAAGGCAGUGUCCUACAGACAGUCGUACAGAAAGUCCUACACCAUACCCAUGGCUCUUUAUUGAUUAAUAUAAUAAUAGCCUCCGAAACAAUUCAAGCUUUUUAACCGAGUUCAACCGUCACGUAUGACGCUCGGUGCUUGACAGCUUUUUUUUCUUCCACUCAGUACUUUUAAUAUAAUACAUGUUGAGUAGGGGAGGGCUGGUCGUGAAAAGGAAGCAGCCACACUACAAGCAAAAUAUAGAUAAGAAAUAUAUUUUUUAACUAAUGUCAUUUCUACAAUAAAAUUAAAUUUUAAAAAAAAACUUUUUUUGUGUGGGUAGACCUUUAUGAAGGCUAGUGAAGGUUAUGGUUUGGUCUUACAGAGUGAAAACUGUCUCACCAUAAGGCCAAUGAGCUAGUGAAGGUUACUGUUUGGUCUUACAGGGCAAAGACUGUCUUACCAUAAGGCUAAUGAGCUAGUGAAGGUUACUGUUUGCUCUAGUGAAGGUCACGGUUUAUGGUUUACUCUUACAAUCAGUUAAUUGAUAACUUUGUCAGUGUAACUGUUUAGUCCCUAAGUAUGAUUGGCACAACACUUAUUCAGCUCUGUUUAAAGUGGGCAGAAAAUUAUGAGCACUCCUAAUCCAUUGACCAUUCUCCUAUGUGAAAUAGAUUAAAAGAAACAUUUCUUCUUCUAUUUCAAGUGCCAAGAAACCUCUCAUCCUGCCAGAAUGGCUCAAUCCUGAUGCUAUCAUGAAGAGGAGGCUCGAAAGAUUGGUAAAAGAGGGUGAGUGAUUCUCUGAUUAUGGGGGCCAUCCAUAAAAGAUGUCACAGAUCUUGAGGGGGGGGGGUGCAAAUUUAUUCUGGGACUAUAAUAUUUAUUAUCUACUUUUCCCCCCAUUGAAUAUGGCACUUACCCUAAUUGAGAUGAUACUGAAUCUGUGUCAGUGUUGCUGUUUCAAUUGAAAGUGUUGUCUCCUCUUGGCGCCGCAGAUCUAGAGGUCACCAGUGGCAACUCUGACCUGACCCACCUGACAAAGAUCCUGGAAGAUAUUGCACUGGCAGGGGUGAUGGGUUACACAGAGGUUGGCUCAUGGCUUCUCGGGGAGCUGGUCGGCAAGCUCAAGGCCGUGGCCAGGCAGUUCACUCCAUUGGUCACCAAAGAUUUUUACCUGCCUGCCCCCCCACUUUAUUGCCCGCAGCCGGCAAGGACAGAAAAGGUAAGUCAAUAAAUGUUUAUAUUUAGAAUCAAAUCUAAUUUGAAGUUAUGAGCUGUAAAUAUAACUUUAUCAGGUGCAGCAGUUUAAAAAAAAUGUCAUUUGCAGGUAUAUUUCAAAGAUGGUUAAUAGAAUAACCUGCCAACACUGUCUAAUAAAUGGUGUCUAUCUGCUUUACAAUGUUUCUACGUGUCUAUCUGCUUUACAAUGUGUCUAAUACAGUGUGUCUAUCUGCUUUACAAUGUGUCUAAAUGUCUAUCUGCUUUAAAAUGUGUCUAUCUGCUCUUUAUGAAGGCAUUAAAAAAAAAUUAGGUGGACUAAAAAUUAUAUCAAUAAAAAACAAGCAUUACAAUUCGAUUAUCAUUGUCACAUAUCCGUAUUUGAUGGUUUUCUUUCAUCAUAUUCUUUAACACAUUCAUACAUCAUCGUAGUCACACCAUAUCGUGCACAAGUCCUUUUCCAUUAACAAUGUAAACCUUAAUCCAGAAACAUAUCUAUUAGGCUGUACAUUUGAUCAAACAGAUGUAUAACACAACUCGCUUUAAGAUGGAGAAAUAAUGCACAGCCAUCCUCUACAAGUUUCAGUAAACCUUUGUCAACAAAUGUGGACAUACCCCAAAGACAGUCUAGACAAUACUCAAAAUUACAAUAAAUAUACAUCACCAAAUUAAGCCAAUAAUAAAAUUGUGUGAAUUAAGUCUCAAUUAACAAAUCUCACUAACAGAAGUUAUUGCAUUGAUACAUGUAAACAUUUAUGUACUGCUGUACUGCUGACAUUAUUGAAUUGUUAGGCUGUAUUGUUCAUUUGCAGCUGCGUGUUUCACUGGAAACUGAAGAUGAAAUGAGGCUGCGAGAAAAGGCUUCAUCCAUCAUCCAGCUGGCACUGUGCGUUAUGAAUGCCACCCACAUGUCUAUACCUGCAGUCAGCUGGUAUGUGCAGGAAUUGGAGGAGGCUAAUAAAAAAUCAUCUCAAUUUAAGGUAAGUUUAGUGGUAGCUGCAUACUUCAUUUUUUCAUGGCAUUAAUUUGAUUUUCAAGCAUGUUUUUUAAAAGUAUUUUUUCUUUUUUUUCAUGUAAUUGUAAUGUUUUUUCCUGGUAUAUUGCAGCAUUUUGGGAUUGUGCAGUGUUUUGUGCCACAAUGUUAAUAGUAUAUUUAACUUCAGCAUAAUAUUGUUAGCUUUGAUUAGCAUUCAGACAUAAACUUGGCAGAACAUUUUUUCUCCAUUCAAUUUUUAAGAACAAUCAUUUCUGUUCUCCAUGCUUAACUCCCCCCCCCCCCCCCAAAGAUAUUUCACUAACCUUUGUGUUACAUCUUUAACUUAUUUAUACAUACUCACAACAACCUAAGUGUCACUCAAAUCCUAAGUUAGAGACCGACCAAAUUUCAGCUUCGGUUUCGGCACCGAAAGUGGCAAUUUUAUCACUUUCGGCCAAGUUUCUGUUUCGGCCGAAAGUGAAAAGUUAACUUUCGGCUUAAUUUCGGUCUCGGCCGAAAGAGAGAAGUUAACUUUCGUUUUUGUUUUUUUUCGGUUUUGGCCAAAAUUGACUUAGACUUUCGGCCAUCCGGCCGAAAGUGACUCAGGUUUUCGGUUAUCAGCGAAAGUGAUAUUUAACAACAAACUAAGUGACAUUUUAGAACAAACCAAGCGACAUUUAAGAACAAAUUAAGUGAUCUUUAAGAACAAACUAAACGAUCUUUAAAAACAAAUAAAGCGAUCUUUAAGAACAAAUUAAGCAAUCUUUGAAAUAAACUAAAUGAUAUUUAACCACAAACUAAGCGACAUUUAAGAAAAAAACUAAACGAUCUUUAUGAAAAAACUAAGUGAUUUUCAACAACAAAAUAAGCGAUCUUUAAGAACAAACUAAACGAUUUUUAAUAACAAACUAAAAGAUCUAUAAAAACAAACUAAAUGAUCUUUAAGAACAAACUCAAUGAUCUUUAAGAACAACUAAGCCAUAUUUAAGAACAAAAUCAAUGAUCUUUAAGAACAAACUAAGUGAUCUUUAUGAUCAAACUAAAUGAUCUUUUAAUAACACAAACUAAGCGAUCUUUAAGAAAAAACGUAGCAAUCUUUUUUUACAAAACUAAAUGAUCAUUAAGACCAAACUAAAAGAUCUUUAAAAAAAAACUAAGCAAUCUUUAAGAACAAACUAAGCGAUCUUUAAGAACAAACUAAGCGAUCUUUAAGAACAAACUAAGCGAUCUUUAACAACACACUAAGCGAUCUUUAUUAACAAACUAACCUAUCUUUUAGAACAAAUAAUGCUAUCAUUAAGAAAAAACUGAACGAUCUUUAACAACAAACUAAGCGAUUUUUAAGAACAAAAUAAACAAUCUUUAACAACAAACUCUCAGUAUAGCUUGAAGAUCCUCAUCAGUAAGUUUGGCCCUAAACUUUGACUUGUUAAAGUGCAUAGUGGAAAAGAGCUAUUCACACAGAUAGGUACUCCCGAAAAGUCAUAUGUUCCGCUUGAACAACCUAAAAAUUUCAGGAAAGGUGGAGGGCAAUGCAAUAAAAUGUCCAUGCUUUGUUUUUCCAUUCGGCUCCCCGCGCGGGGCAUCUUGCACAUUAAAGGAGAAAGGGUCAGCAAAAAGCUGAAAAGUGGCUGUCUGUGUUUUGAAGUCUAAAAAAUGUAGAGACCCAGACUGGUUAAAAAGGUAUAAGAAGAAGAUUUAGAAAGUGACCAAGCUGACAGGCUCGGAAUUUACCUCACUCGUAAACACUAGUGGCAAUUUUAAUAUGGAUCCUUUGAUAAUGUAUCAAAUUGCUACGAUUUACACAAUUAUGGUUGUGCAUUACCCGCCAACUCACUUUUAAAAAAUUUUCUCAAAGCCGCACUCUUUGCCAUGUCUGUCUCAUAAAAAGCUAUAAAAUAAAAACUUUUACUCCGAGUUUAAAACGGUUCUUACCAUUAUAAUCAUCAUACAAAAAUAUAUAGAAACAUUUUUAAAAAGUCAGAAUUGUACUAGUCGGUGGGAUUUGACUGAAACCGUCGCGGAGAGUCAAGUUAUAGAUAUGAGAAUGGGGGAAAUGCGCCAGCGCAUUAACACUAAACUUUUCUAUCAUGUAGCGGGCCGCAAAAUAUCGUCUUGCGGAUCACAAAUGGCUUGCGGGCCACGAUUUUCAGACCCUAAUAUUAGAUGUUUAUUUAUCAAUAUUCACGAUUAUCUCUUUUUUUAUGAAAAGAAUAUAAAUAUUUACACUUUCCCCCAUCAUUUUCAAUGUAUGCAAAAUGUAUGCAGGAACAAAUUUCAAAAUAUCUAAAAAUUCAUUUUCGGUUUCUGCUUCCGUUUCAUCCGAAAGUCAUUUUAAACUUUCGGCCUAUUUUCGGCUUUGGCCGAAAUCAGAAAAUCACUUUCGGUCGUUCUCUAUCCUAGGUGUUACUCAAACACACAAUGAGCUCUCUCAAACUAGACCAGACUGCUAAACCAAUGAAUUUCUUCUGCCGUCGUGCAACUUAUUGCAAAUUUUUGAAAUGGGCAUUAUUUGUUAAAAUCUCUACACCUUUGAAAUAUAAUCAAGAGUUUCAUUUAUUUUCCAAUGUUAAUAUUUGUAAUGGUUUAUCCUCAGGCCAACACAGAGGGACCUUGUGCCAACCUACCGGAUGUACUUUAUCAGUUCUUGGACAGAGAGUCAGAGUUUCAUAACAUGUUUGAGGACCGCUCAGUCAAAUCUGUACUGUCAAGCUUCAGGGACCUGUGUUCACUGGUGUGGCUGCUUCAUGCUAGGGACAAGCUCUCAAUGGGCAUACGGUCAAGAGAAAGAUACCUUGGCCUUGUGAGUACAUUUUAGGAAAAUAGAACAAGAACACUCAGUGUCGUCCAUCUUGAGGGGAAAAGAUUGAGCUUUAGAAUUGUUAAAAAUGUCCACAUUAUAUUGACAUUAGAAUCUUUCCAUGACAAUUCUAAGAGGGUAGGACUGCGAUAAAUCCUUUUAGUAGGUUAAAGUGUUUGUGUCUCACCAGUCUUCACAUGGCAGCAAAGAUUUAACUCAAAAGUUAGACUCGAUGUAAUCUGCUUUGUAAACCAAACAUAGAAUGUGAGUUACAGUAUUUUGGAUGUUGACGCAUAAGAGUAAGAGAAGUUGAGAAAUUAAAGGAGAAUAAAUGAUAAUAAAGGAAGGCCUGCUUUCAAGCUGUGUGAAGCAAAUAGAAGAACGAGGUAUGUGGAAGCCUGAAAUAGAAAGACAGGAUGAUAAAAGAACAUUUCGGCUAAGAGCCUUCCUCGGCAGACAUGACAAACAACAAGAAAUAAAAACUAGUUAAAAAACUUGAGUGGUCGCUUUUAAUGUUAUUGUCAGAAGUUGCAAGCUUCGACAAAUCUUGUUCUUCUAUUUCCUUUUUAAGAAUUUAAAACUUUAGAAUAUAAGGGCUUAAAACCUACUCUAGAUUUAGGCAUCCUAAGUUAAAAUAGUUGAUAGGAUAGUGAUGGCUGAUGAUUACAUACAUCCCUGUUGUCAUGAUCCGUAUGUAUGUAUGAUUGGUUUCUUUCAUAAAAUUCUUUGACACGUUCAUAAGUCUUAAUCACACUGGAUUAAACACAAGUCCUUUUUCAUGGAAUGCUCAACAAAAAUGCAGUACACCAAAGACAGACUAUAGAAACAAAGUCACAAUUACCAUAAAAAAUGUUACAAUAAGUCACACGCCCCAUUAACUACCCUAACACUCAAGACACACCGUGCAGAAUAAAACAUAAAUAUUCGGGGCUCAAAAAUGACUAGUGAAUACCCAUGGUUGUCCUUGAUCUUAAAAUACACACUCACUUAAAGUUAUAUUAUUUUUCCUCUGCAGAACAUUAGCAUGAUGGAAUAAAUAGAUUUGACUCUAGAAAGUUAUGACGUAAUGUCCAAUAGGAUCCUAAGAUUUAAGGAUAUUGACCAUAUCUGCUAAAGCUACUAUUAAACUAUGCAACUGUUUCCAGGGUCUUGAUGUUGAGAACAAUGAACAGUGGCUUAGGGAAUGUUUCUCAACCCUCCAGUGGGCAGUUCACAUGGUGGCGUUCAGCCACUAUCUACCAGAUGAGGCCAGUAUCUACAAGGUGAGAUUAACCGUUUAUGAUCUUAAAAUCCUUAUUGAGACGUCUGCUUCCCUAGAGGAUUUCAUCCCAGUGGGCAGAACCGUGAUUGGUGAUCCCUUAGCUUUUUUUACAACAUAAAGAUUUUUUUGGCAUUUUUUCAAAUGAUACUUAUGGUUCACCUCUGUUAUUGUCACUAGAAUCAAUUACAAGUUUUAUUUAAUUUUUUAUUUCAAAAUUUUAUGGGAAUCAUCUGCACAUUUUAAUGUUUUUAUUUUAUCUUACAAGAUAACAAAAUAAUGAGUCAAUUUUAAUUUCUUACGGUACCAAUUUGACCAACUAUUCUCUCUGUCUCUCAACUCUCUGACUCACCCUGGGGGCUGUGUCUCUAAACUAUCUAACGGACCCUAGGGGCUGUUUCUUUAAUUAAACUCUCUGAUUGACCCUGGGGGCUUUGUUUCUAAACUAUCUAACUGACCCUGGUAGCUGUUUCUUUAAUUAAACUCUCUGACUGACCCUGGGGGGCUGAAUGAACAUAAAUUCUAAUUCUACUCUAGAAUCCAAAUUUAAUGAUUUAUUCUUCCACACAAUUAAAUGAAAACAAUGCCUAACCAUAUUACCACUAACACAAGCUUUGAGCUGACCUUAUUACCACUAACACAAACUUUGAGCUGACCUUAUUACCACUAACACAAACUUUGAGCUGUGCCUUGUUUGAUUAUACUCUUGUUGUCCCUCCAUGGACCCUAGGUGGUGUUGUCCUUGCUCUUGGAUCUACCAGCCACUGAAGAUACCGCCAAUAUUUUAGCUGAGCACAUGUAUGACCUUGAAAACCUCCACCCAGAAGUCCAAGAGAGACUUGAUCGUAUGCUCAAAUCCUGGCAGGUUGGUCAAAUUGAAUUAAUGCUUGAAAUUGUUAGAAAGAGAUGGUGGGAAUAAGCCAAAUGAUCUCAUGCAAUGAUUACAAUAAGAAAACCCAAUGGAAAUUGGUCCAUGGUUCUAAUGGCAAAAGAUGAAUUCCUUGUCCACUUGACAAUUUUGGACAGGAUUUCUGGGUGUUAAGAAUAUAAAAUAAUGUUGGAUGGUUUGAGUUAAACCCAGAUUUAUUGUAUUCUGAAAUAAUUAAAAAUUCUUGGUUUCUGCCUGAUGCUGUAUGUUGUUGUUUGUAUGUUGUUUGUUAUAUUGUAUGUUGUUGUUUGUAUGUUGUUUGUUAUAUUGUAUGUUGUUGUUUGUAUGUUGUUUGUUAUAUUGUAUGUUGUUGUUUGUAUGUUGUUUGUUAUAUUGUAUGUUGUUGUUUGUAUGUUGUUUGUUAUAUGCUGUAUGUUGUUGUUUGUAUGUUGUUUGUUAUAUUGUAUCUGGUUGUUUGCAUGUUGUCUGUUGUUGUUUUAUAUUGUUUGUUAUGUUGUAUGUGGUGGUUUGCAUGUUGUUUGUCCUUGGUCCACGAACCAGGGCAAUUUUUAGACUUGAGCAGUUGCCUUGACUUGAGCUGUCUUUGUUUAAAGUGAGGAACAGCUGCUUAAUGCGUCAGCCUCACUCACUUGCCCGUGCCUAUUUGAUCCAAUGGCAAGACUUAGUCAAGACUGGAAAUGGACCAGGAUGCAGUAGAUGACCAGCAGUGUGUCUUGUGUGUCUUGAUGCGCUUUUUCUGCGUUUCACGUCACAGGAGUUGUCGGAAUAUUCAUUGUGGCAGUGUCACAACACUUACAGGACUCCAUCACCGGGUUGGAUUUCAGAGUUUGCCUUCUAUUAAAUGAGCUGGUUAACAUCCACCCUGGGGGAGCUGGUGAUGUUUUUUGCUUGUCUUGGCAUUUUCUGGGGAUUGAGCUCCAGUCCACUUGUUAGGGAUUGACUCAGUUUAGACCGCUCGGCCACCUUUGUGUUGUACUUCAUUUUUGUUGACAUGCUAACAAAAUAACCUGUGUAGGAUUGAAUACAAACAUAAUCAAAUGGUAAACAUAUCUGAAGGCACAGAGUGCAAGGGAAUAAAUGAUUAUGUCUACUAAUCUGUUAAAAUUUUUUUAAUCAUUUAACUAAAAUUUUUGUUGGAAGAGACUUUGUAGCCAGGAUGAAAUAUUUCCAAUGCAGGGAAUCAUCUUGCGACAGGCUGCGGAUGGCAGGUCAGUUGGUGAUAAUCUAAACAUGGAUGUGGAAGGCAGAAAGUCUGUGACAUUUUUGGCUGCUAGCCCCAGGGGAAUGAGUUUAAGUGUCUAUUUCCACAAACAGUGUAUGGUUAGUAAUGUCUGAUUUAUGUGACUGUCUAUUUCCACAACUACUGCAUUAAGUCUGUUAUAUUCACAUGCAGGCAUAAUAGCUUUAUUGUACAUUUUAAUUUGUGCCUUACUGUGUGAUUCCAGUGUUAUUUAAUAGUUGCUUGUUAAUUUAUUUAAAACUAUAUUUUAAGAAGAAAUUAAAUUAGCUAAAAAAAACAAAAAAUAAAUUUUCUUUCUAAAAAAUAUACAAGUACAAUUUGUAAUUUUUGUUUUCUAAAAUUAUGAAUUACAAUAUCCGUCUCUAAACUAAUCUCAGAAUAUUCUUCCUCUAAUUGCAGGUUAUGGAUAAGGUAAUAAAAAAGAAAAGCCAGUGUUUUGGUUCUUUUGAAGAAUUUGUUUUCACCGAAUCCCAUGCCAAGCCAAAGAAAAACAAACUCAACAUUGGCUCCCUCCCCUUUGAAACAAAGAAAUCUUACAUUGAGUUUUUGGACACCUUUGUUGCUGUUAGCUUUAGCAAGGUUUUUGACAUGAUGGAAGGCAUGGACAAGAUCUACAGCUUGCCAAUGCUGCAGGUGUUUGCCAAAGACAUCGUGGACCAUGAAAUAACAUUCUUUGUUCAGAGAGCUGGAUACUCUGCCCAAAAGAAGAACCAAAGUCUGGUCAUUUUUUCUGGUGCCUCCCAGACUCUAGCCAGAGCUGCAAGUGAGGAGAGAUUGUCUGGACGGCCCAAGAGCAAGGAGAGGUCAGUUCCUGGUCGAACAACGUCUAAAGAGGUUUUCAGCAGCUCAGGGGAAAUGAAACAUAAAAAGGUUAACGUGACCAGACCUGUGGGCUUGUUUAGAGGAAAGAGCAUGAUAGAUGCCCCAGUGGUUAAAAGCCAUGCAGCUGUAAGGAGGUUGGUAGAAAAUAUGGUUCUUAUAUGUGACAUAGUUUACAAAACAAAGUAUCACUUGCAAUAUCUGAUUUUCAAUAAGUUACUUGUAUAAGCUUUUCAAAUAGAAGUUACAGAAAUUAUUUUUUUUUAAAACAUUAAUUUACUUUUGAAAUUAGGAAGAAUGCUAAAUAUGCAUUGCCAGGUUAUAUAUAUUCAGUUUAUAAUUUUUACAAUUUCAGAUUUGAGAGCGAACCAAGCCUUGAUGACUUGGAUAUGAAUUAUUUUGUUGGCUCCCAGGUCUCACAUGAUCACGCUGCAGGGAGCAGACAGAACCUGUCCAGCCUGGCCUCACGCUUUGGCCAUUCGGUUGAGGACGUACGUAGGAAUAGCCAUGCCAGAGAACAGGAAAGGACAUCCUGGUCAUUGACCGUGAAUUUCGGCAAGAAGUACAAAGUACUCCAUCAGUUAGUGGAAUGGUUGGAGGUCUGGAGCAACAAGUCCCAUGCUUUAGGCAUCCCAGACAAGGAGGAGAUUCUGGAUAUCCAAGUAGGACAUAGGACAAAAAAUAAAUUUUGUGGGAAAUUUUUUAAUGGCAAACAAGCUUUCUAGUACUUUCUAAGCAUGUCUCUCUUCUAUGUACUUUUUAUUUAAAUUAACUAGGCUUUCAAGAUUUACUUAAGGUGCAUAAAAAUAGUGUGCAGUUUUGAGGAGUAAUCCAUGUUUGUUGUGCUCAUUAUCAUUUUUAAAUAUAUGUACAGUUAUCUUGAGGAUUUUAAAGUUUAAUUUCAUGAGAAACUGCCGUAUUAAAUAAAAUAUUCCAUAAAAAUAUGAAUAAUUUUUUUUUUUUACACAUUUUUUUCAGGCCAAAAUGAGGAUUCGAAUACCAGCUCAGCUGAUCAUUCUCUCCCUUUGGCUCCUAGAAAACAAGUAUAGUAAGACAGCAGAAGACGAGGUCAAGAUGGAUCCUGUAGUGAAUAAGGGGAGACGAUCUCGGCGACUAAGCAAAAGUCCACACAGAACAAAUUCUUUGAGCCCACCUAACAGGUAUCUUGGCUACUUAGUGUCUCCUGAUACUUAAGUUAUAAUUUCAAAUCACUUUAUUGCAUUUUGAGAGAAUAAUUGUUAAUACUUUAGGUGUUAAAGAGUAUUUUCAUUUAGCCAGUACAAAAUAGUAUUUGAUACUAAUCCAAAUUAAAAAAAUUAGUUUAACUCAAGAUGCCAUUGCUGUCUAUGCAGGCAAGAAAUGAUCUUUAGAGCAAAACAUUUGAAGAUAUUUCAGUUAAGUAAUAUUACUAUUUAAUUGCGUCUGCUCAAAGAUACGUUGAGAAUUCCACUGCUUUGAAUCCAGUCUCUUGUUGCAACGAAGCUUGUUGAUAUAUUAUAAGGAGUACACGGCUUUUUGUCUUUAAGCAGUAUGAUUGUAAUAAUCAUGGUACUCAGGAUUCCUUAAUAGUACAAUAAAGACUUUGGCUACAGCAUUUAUCAUCAGAAAUGAACAUAUGUGUCAAUAAUUUGAUAAAUAAUUGAUAAUUUGAUCCUUCCUCACAGGCAAUCAAAUUUCUCAUCUGAACCAGAAAUGAAGAAAGCUUAUCAAACACAUGCAGCUGCUCAGCAGUCAUCAAAAUCAUAUCAACCUCAAGCUAUGAGUCAACAGUCAUCAAAAGCAAGGUAUUGGAUAUUUCUUUCAAUGUUAUUUGUGCUUAAUUUUAAUUUCAAAUCUUGAACCAUUUUUUUAAAUCUUAUAAUUAUUUUAAUUUUUUUUAAAAUUUUAUUUCUCUAUAUAUUUAUAUCUCUAUCUAUUAUUACCUCUCUACAAAUAACCAAGAUAAACUUCAGGUAAAUGUAAUUUUCAUUUGAAUUCACAAUUACUUUACAUCACUAUACAUUCAAUCUGGUUUUUUUGUUGUUGAAAGAUUUGAGUCUCCAGAUGAAAAGAGUGGGAAUCUUGAAAACAAAUCAGCACCACUGUCUCGGCAGUCCACUUUGGAGAAUGAUGAGAUUAUAAAUGCCUACACUCAGGCAUUGGAUGGGUUAGUAUCUAUAAAUUUCUUUAGUUUUACUCACAAAACCUUUUGUGUUGUUCAUGUUACAAAAUCUACAAAUGAUGUGAAUUGGAGAAUAACUUUAUAUAGCUAAAAUUAAUAUUUAAAAAUAAAAGAUAAUUCCAAGCACACAAAAAUGCAACACUUUUACUUUUAUGCUUAGGCAAAGUAAAAUACAAAAAGCUCAACACAACCAUAUACUAGCUUUCUCAAGAAUAAUGAUAAGGUUAAUUAUUUUCAAUAAAAAUUUAACAUUUCAAAUUUGUACCUUCAACUCUUUAAAAAAAAAACUUCUCUACUGCUUCAUUGAUUCCUAAUUUUAAUGUAAGCAGUAAAAAAAACAUCUCUGCUGCUUCAUUGAUUCCUACCUUAAAUGUAAGUACAGUAGCACCUCGCAAUAACGGCUACUCGCUUAACGCAGUUAUGCAAUAAUGGCACCCUUAAUUCUCCACCCGCGAUACUCACUACUACUCAGUUUUGUGUGGAAGGAAACGCACAAACAAAGAGACGCUACUGCCAAAUUGUGUUGCAAUGUAUUACAAUUCAUGUGAUCAAUCUGUUUACAGUCAUUGUGCGUUCUGCAUCUAUCUGCACACUUAAAAUAUAUUAGUACAUAGUAUGUAGUUUUGCUUCCAGGCCCUCAGGAGGCACAAAAAAGCCUCAGUUCCUUUGCUGGCAUUUUUCACUUAACGGUGAGGUCGUUAAUUAUGUCGUUAUUGGGAGGUACUGCUGUAAUAAAAAAAAACCUUCUCUGCUGCUUCAUUGAUUCCUACAUUAAAUGUAAGCAAUGAGAACUGUUUCAAUUUUAAUUAGAUUAAUUACUAGAUUCCAUUUGUUGACAGGCAAGAUGAGAGUAGCUCCAUAGACAUCAGCUCACUGGCUUCAGAUGAAAUGGGGGAUAGCUUGAAAACAACACUCAACAUGUUGCGAGGGUAAACAAUUCUUACAAGGAUUCUAUAAAUAGCUCUCUUAAUAAGUUUACAUUUACAAAGAAUUGAAACCUUAGUUUCUUUUUCCUUAAACUGUGUCCAAAUCUUAAAUGAAAAAAAAAUCAGAAAAAAAUUCCAUGUUUAAAUGAUGUUAUUUUUCUUGACCCCAGGUCAGUGCUUGGACAAACUAUCCAGCCAAAAGAUGCAUCUCCUGAGAGAGCUCCUCAGAGUUCUCUGUUGAAACCUAAAGACACAAGCACACCUAUAAAACAACCUGAGAUAUUAGGUAAGAAUUUAGUUUGGUUUCUUUCAUCUUUCCCAUGGAGAGCUGCCAUAUCAGAGCCAACAUAUGUAUUAGCUGUUUGUUAUACAGGCCAGGGCAGAGCCAACAUAUGUAUUAGCUGUUUGUUAUACAGGCCAGGGCAGAGCCAACAUAUGUAUUAGCUGUUUCUUAUACAGGCCAGGGCAGACCCAACAUAUGUAUUAGCUGUUUCUUAUACAGGCCAGGGCAGAGCCAACAUAUGUAUUAGCUGUUUCUUAUACAGGCCAGGGCAGAGCCAACAUAUGUAUUAGCUGUUUCUUAUACAGGCCAGGGCAGAGCCAACAUAUGUAUUAGCUGUUUCUUAUACAGGCCAGAGCAGAGCCAACAUAUUAUGUAUUAGCUGUUUCUUAUACAGGCCAGAGCAGAGCCAACAUAUGUAUUAGCUGUUUCUUAUACAGGCCAGAGCAGAGCCAACAUAUGUAUUAGCUGUUUCUUAUACAGGCCAGGGCAGAGCCAACAUAUGUAUUAGCUGUUUCUUAUACAUGCCAGAGCAGAGCCAACAUAUGUAUUAGCUGUUUCUUAUACAGGCCAGGGCAGAGCCAACAUAUGUAUUAGCUGUUUCUUAUACAGGCCAGAGCAGAGCCAACAUAUGUAUUAGCUGUUUCUUAUACAGGCCAGGGCAGAGCCAACAUAUGUAUUAGCUGUUUCUUAUACAGGCCAGGGCAGACCCAACAUAUGUAUUAGCUGUUUCUUAUACAGGCCAGGGCAGACCCAACAUAUGUAUUAGCUGUUUCUUAUACAGGCCAGGGCAGACCCAACAUUUUACAUGGUAAAAAAAACAACCCCACCCUGUUUUUCAUUAAAUAUUUGUUUCACGACAACAUUUUAUUUUCCACCUGAUGACUAUUGUGCCACUUGCAAACCAGGGCUGCAGUUUCCAAGUCCUGGCAUCAGAACAUUUGGACAGCAAAGUCUAAUAUGAGUUUUUAACCUUUUAUAACACAUUUUUGUGAUGUAAUGUUCAUCAUCUUCUAUGGAUACAAUUUCUUUAUAAAACUGUGGUCUGAAAGAACAAAACAAAAACUAUUUUAAAUCUUUGACCCAAUUUUAAAUUUUGUAAACACUAAUAGCAGAAGGAAAACAAAAAAUAACCUCCAAAAUUUAUUAAGUGAAUAUUAAAAAGCCCUUUUUAAAAAAAAAAUGCUUGAUUCAUGUAAACAUCAAGAAUAUCCAUUUUUUAUUGGCUGAAAAGAAUCUGCAACAUUUAGGUUUUAAUUAUUAAUUUUUCAGAAGCCAGGAGUCCAAGUUUAUCACCUCCCCUUCCAAAGGAUCAAAAGACUCAGAGUUUAUCUGGAAGCACCAGCAAAAAGUCCCAGCAGUCCAGGGGCACGUCCCCAAGGAAAGUAAAUUCUGCUGGAGACAGACAGCCAAAACUUCAAGACCAGGUUGGGGGUAUAGCUGGUCAGCUUCAAGGAAUUAUAAGGGAUGAGUUGCGCAGAAUCAUGGAGGUAAGUACUUUGAUUUGCAGUGUUAUUGUUUAGGUCAAAUUUUAAUAAUAAUCUGACUUGUUAAAGUCAUAAAACAAUUUCUACUGAUAAAAUAUUGUUGACGCAAAAAAGAUGAUAAUUUAAUUGGGCUAAUUUUUUAAAAAGGAAUCAAGUUUAAGCAAAAAAAAUUUCAUUAUUUGUAAAGUAAACCAACGCCGGGCUUUAGGGUGUGGGACUUGUGCCCACGCCGUGGCCAAAUGGACGCCUGGGGGGCCCAAUAAAUAUUUAAAUUCCCUUUGUUUAUUAUAGUGAAGUGGGAACCUCGGGUCCAGGGUCAAGAAACAGUAUUGUAACUUUUCAUACACUUGCUGUUCAUACAAUGAGUUUUCACACAAUGAAAGUUGCAUUCUUUAUAUGGAUACUAACACUGGGGUUGGGACCAACCAAAAGGGCGUGGAAAUUAAUUUAUCAAUACUGAAGGGGGCGGCAAACGGCUGCUUCGCAAAGGGGCGAAAGUUUACCUAAGGCGGCCGUUGAGUAAAUGCAGCCUUGUGAAAGUGUUCUUAUGAAAUAGUUAUUUAUUUGAAUCAACUCAAAGUCCUUGUUUGCUAUGACUAGGUCCAGCACAGAAGUGUUUUAGCCAUGAUGGGAGCCAUUGAUGGUAUUUCACCAGCAGAGUUCUCAGCCCUUCCCAUCCCUUCCAACUCAGCUGGGCAUGCAGUCUCUAAAUCAAAUUCUUUAAGAUUGGAGAAGGAUCAGAAAAGAUCUGAACUAAGUCAGCCACCUACUAUCAAAGUUCAACAAGCUUGGACCAAGGCUAGGGACGAGGAAGAGUCAGAGUCACUUGCAGAAAUGCUGUCCUUGCAGGUAACAAACUUUUUCUUUACAGUAAAUAAAUGUUUACUUUACAGUAAAUAAAUGUUUAUAGGAAAUCAAGGCUGUCUUUGCAGGUUAAAAAUGUUACUUUAAAGGUUAAAAAUAAUAAUAAUAAUAAAGUGUAUUUCAAAAACACGCUUCAUCCCCAAAGGCUCGAAGCGCGGUACAAAGUCAACAAAAAACAAAUCUAUAAUUUACCACAUUUAAAACAAACGCAACACUACAAAAACUAAUUACAAGCAUACAAUGUCAAAGUCUUUCUACCCAUUUCAACCCUGAGCAACACAGCUAAUAUGCAUUAAAUGGAAAAUAUGGUAGACAAUCAUCCCAGAAGGUGUUUGCGAAAUAAAUGUGUCUUUAAAUCGGUUUUAAAGGACUCCAGUGUCUGGAUGUUUCUGAGAUCGAGUGGAAGGGCGUUCCAAAUUGUUGGACCAGCAAAUGCGAAAGUGCGCUUUCCGCAAGUCUCAAGGCGAACACGUGGUGUCAAGAGUUUGCCACUGUCGGAUGAGCGGAGUUGUCUAGUGGGUACAUAAGACGUCAGCAGCUCUUUCAGAUAGGACGGCGCCAGGCCAUGUAAACAGCGGUAGCACAACGUUGCGAUUUUGUACUAUAUGCGAGCACGGACCGGCAGCCAGUGCAGCUCUCUCAGAAGUGUUUUUGCAUAGUCGAACUUGCAUUUGCGGAGAACAAUUCGAGCCACAUUAUUCUGUGCUAUCUGAAUUUUAUCCAGGAGCGUAGCUGGAAGACCCACCAUGAGAGCAUUGCAAUAGUCCAUGCAAAUAAUUUCUUUAAAGGUAAAAAGUGUCUCUACAGGUAACAAAGGUUUGUCUUUACAAGUAAAAAAUGUUGUUUGAACAGUAAGGUUGUAUAAAUGAACUCCAAAGAAGUGGUACUUUAUUAUUAGGUUGUUAAUCAAUUAAAAUAGUACUCACUGUAGCAAGAGAUUAUUCAACAAAAUCAUUCAUUGAAAAUGUCUAAAAAGAAAUUAAAACUAAAUGUAAAAGCUAGCCUACAUAUAGGGUUCCCUAACUUUUGUUUUGGAUUCUCAACGCCCUUGCUGGAUCCAGGCUUUCCCGAGGUGCCCAUGUCAAUAUCUAACAAGCAUGCUGUGAAUUUUUUUGUUUUUGUUUUCGUUUUUUCAAAUUAAAAUAAAAUAUGCAUUUUCAAUCACAAAAAAUGUUAAGCAAAUUCAAGACAUGAGUUGGCUGGAUGAGCCUGUUGUUGUGCCCCAACAUUGUAAUGAGUUGGCUGGAUGAGCCUGUUGUUGUGCCCCAACAUUGUAAUGAGUUGGCUGGAUGAGCCUGUUGUUGUGCCCCAACAUUGUAAUGAGUUGCCUGGAUGAGCCUGUUGUUGUGCCCCAACAUUGUAAUGAGUUGGCUGGAUGAGCCUGUUGUUGUGCCCCACACAUUUCCUCAAAUCUUGGAAUCAAACUCAACACAGCCGUCCUCGUUUUCCUUCUCCACAUUCUUUUUUUGCAUUGAUUUAUGCACAAUGCUUAGUUUGUAUCUCAGAAGCAGCCCAAAACUUGAGAUAUUAGAUACAAAAAUUUUGAUGUCAACCUGAGAACUGCCAGCCAUAAUAAUGGUUACUUAUAUUGAUUCUAGUUGUGUAACUAUGGGGACAAGACACUCUUUCUGCCAUAAAAAAAAACCCAUACAUUUUUUAACACUCAGCUAUUUAUUUUUUAUUUCCAAUUAUUACAGGAUGAAAUGGUUCCAACAUCUCCUUUAAAAAGUCCUAAAACUAGAAAAAGAGAAAAGAGAAGUCCUCCAAUGAGAGAGGCCUUAGUGGAACUUCAAAAUCUACAGCGUAACUCAUCUAUGGUGAGGAAAUAACAAUUUUUUUUCCCACUUUGUAACAUACCUUUAUAAAAAUCUCUUAAUUUGAAUUGACUUUUAAAACCCAUUUCCUCCAAUUAACCAAAUCAUUGGUAAGAAUAUUAUGUUUACCUCAGCAUCAUUGUAAGUCAUUUAUUACAUUAUUCAGAAAGUCACUGAGUGCAAAUUUAUUUGAACAAUUUUCAGCUGUCAAAAAGAAACAAGUCAAAAUGUAUUAAAGUGCAUUCUCCCUCAAAGACAGCGGUUCUCAACCUGUGGGUCGUAACCCUUUUGGGGGUCCAAUGACCUUUACACAGGUGUCGCCUAAGACCAUCGGAAAACACAUAGUUAUGAAGUAGCAAUGAAAAUAAUUUUAUGGUUAAGGGUCACCACAACAGGAGGAACUGUAUUAAAGGGUCGCGUCAUUAGGAAGGUUGAUAACCACAGUUCUAAACAAUGUGGUUUGAUGUCCGUAAAAUCUUUUUUUUUGUUUUUUUGUUUUCAUUCCCAGCAGCCCCAGCAUAAUUUGUUUGGUCAAGAAAUGAGUUCUCAUGCCAGAUUUCUGCUUGCAAGUUACCCGCAGUGAGUAACUGCUCAUUUUAAUUUCUUAAUGUUAUGUCACUUAAACUUUCAAGCUAAAACUAGUAUGAUCAUGGACAUUAACUUUAAACGAUUUGUUACAAUGUGUUAAUAAUUUAAAUGAAUAUUUUUGAAAAUGUUUUUAUAAAAAGUAACCAUUUUUGUAAAGUAUCAUUCUCUGGAAUAAAGAUAAAAUAUAAACUAUGUUACAAGUAAUUGUUUAAUUAUAAGAGUGUUGAACUGGGAUAAAGCUCCCAAAUAGGUUAAUAAGUCACAAUCAGUUAGUGUAAAUAUAAAAAUAUAUGUAGCAGUUACAAAAUACAUGAAAAAAAAUUAAGCUACUUACAUUGUUGAACAUUGUUGAUUUCAGACAAGACAAUGGAAGAAAUCUUAGAUUACCAUUCUUACAUGUGAAUGCUUGGCCUGAACAGGGGAGACCACAGCAGCAACACCAGCCUGUUCCUGCCCCUGGUUUACACCAGAUGUCUCUCUUACAUAUCAACAAAACAAUGGAUGUCCAGGAGCCUUUCAGCAACCUCAGGCGUUACUUACCACAGGUGCCCCCGCCACCACCCUUUCCACCCCAGUCUCAUACACACAAGCUUGAGGUCCAACCACCCCCGCUUCAAGCCUUCCCAUCUCAAUCUCACGGGCCGCAGGGCCAACCUCCACAAUUUCAUUGGCCACAGGGCCAACCUCUACAAUUUCAUGGGCCACAGGGCCAACAUCCACAAUCUCAUGGGCCACUGGGCCAACCUCCACAAUUUCAUUCACUUCCUUUGUUCCACAUCCCACCCUCUCCAGCCCCGUCUUCAUAUUUACUGUCCGCUCCCCUCCAACAAAAAUUUUCGCCUCCCCCUUAUGAGCACAAACCUCACCAAUCACUGCGCGCCCCACCAAGUGAGGCACCACCAGCCGGUCUCCCAUUUCUGAAGUUGCUCCCCCUUGGUGUACAAUUUGGGGCUGAUUCAGGGGGAGACAAGUUAGAAGAGACCAGGAGAAGACUUCUAAGGAAGUUUCAAGAAGAGAUUCUGGCAGAUAAAGAAAACUCUGAAAAGCUAAUCCUGGGACAGCAAAUGCUGCGUAUGGAGGCUCAGCAAAGUCCACUGGUAAGUUCAAACCUUGACAUUCAAAUUUUUUUUUUAUCUCAGACAAAUAUACGUUGUCCUAUUUACUAUAACUGACCUUUUAUUACUAUCUCAAAAAAAAAAAUUUGUUUUUAAACUUUAUCUCAUCUUUCCUAAAAAAAUUUAUAAUUCACACAUUUUUUAAAUAAUUCUUAAUUGUUUUUUAAUAGUGGACAUUUUCACUAAAAUUCUCAUUUGAGUCAAAAGUUUCUGUUCAAAAAUAUAUUUUUAUAAAGAAUACAAAUUAACUAUGAAUUAUUCAUUAGAAAAAAUUUAAAUAUUGCAUUCCAUAACACUGGCUGAUCUAGUUGGUAAAUGAAGACCCUAGUGCUAAAAGUACUUAAGUCACAUUUUUUUGAAAAUCAAACGAAACGUGGACCUUUACUUAUCCGGUUUAGCCCCAUAUAUAGCAUAAAUUUGGAGACGUUAAAAUGUACCUAAGUCCCCUUUUUAUACAAACCAAAAAUAAGAAUGAUCAAAUUUAAUGGACAAAAAGUACUGAAGUCCUAUGUUUCGGUGCUAAAAGUUCUUAUCUCCCCUUGGCCAAUCACUUAGCUGCAUUUAGUUGUCUCAAACCUCGAAAAAAAUGGCGGACGAGGCGAGCUCUGACCAACCUGAAUAUGAAUCCAAAGCGAAAAAGAGAAGACUAACACCAUCAAAAUGGAAAAGAAAUGUAAUUAAGCUGGCUAAAGUCAGAGGUAAGAAUAUAUUUAUAUUAUUACAAUCAAUUUACUGUUGUGGGGAUAUUAAAAUUACACUAUCGCAAACUGGGUCAAGAUGCCCCGAUCGAUAACUAUUAACUCUUACUAUUAUUAGACUUAGACCUUAGUCUUACCCAGGCCCAGGUAUUUUUAGCUGAUACUGAAACAUUGUCAGCAUUUUUAAAUAUAAUAGAACAAUAUAACUCCCACACCUCUAUUUCAUAUUUUUAUAUUAAUAUUCUAGUCUAUAGAAUUUAGUACUUAAGAUUACACUAGUACUACUACUAGUAGUAGUAGUAGUAGUAGUAGCAGCAGUGGCACUGCAUGGCAUUACAUGACUGUUCACUCAUUACUGUCCUGCUUUUAGUAGGUUUAGUCCUCCUGAUGCCUAAUACUAAUAACCAAACGUUUAUAUUGCAUUUAGUUAUUCUUAAAUAGUGAUAUAGUAACUUAAAGUUAAAGUAGUAUACUACUGCUUUUACUUUUAUAUAAAAUAAAGUGUCUGAAAAAUAAAACGGAUUACUAUUUUAGUUGAAGGGCAGUGUUCUAUUGUUAUUAGUAUGAGACAAGAUAAAUAACAUCGACCAUGCCAUGGAAUUAUAUUUUAAAACAUAUUAUUUCAGGAGAAGCUCACACAUCCUAUGAUAACAAGGUCAAGCCAUCAAGGGAGCCUGCAAGAGUAGAAUGUCGUUGUAAAUGUCUGACAAAAUUCACAGAUUUUGAGAUGGAAAGAAUUUUAUCAGAAUUUAAUGGUCUUAAAGAUCAUGAGGCUCAAAAUAUAUAUCUUCAGGGUUGCAUAAGUGUAAACGAUGACACUAGUAUUCGUCGAAGGCCCAGAAAAGAAAAUGGCAAAGAACGAAGCAGCUUUUCAUAUUCAGUCACUGCACUGGACAAAACUAUUUCCAUUUGCAAGGCAGCAUUUCUUGCUUUGCAUGGGAUAAAGGAAUCUAGGCUGAAGAGAAAAGUACUAAACUUUUCUGUCCCCAUUAAAGAUGGGAGAGGAAAACAUGGAAACCAUAGAAAAAUUGAUAAAAAAAUCCGAGAUCGUGUUUGUGACCACAUUAGACUGUUUCCUGCACGUGAAAGCCACUACAGCAGAGCAAAGAACAAGCACAAAAAGUACCUGGAUUCCUCUUUGACAGUUGCAGAAAUGCAUCGCUUAUUUUUAAAGGAAAAUCCAGAUCUUACGGAGUGUAAAUACUGGUUUUACCAUGACAUAUUUAACUUUGAAUUCAAUAUUAAAUUUGGAUUUCCACGGAGUGACAUAUGUGAUAAAUGUGAAAAAUUUCAAGCACAAAUAAAAGCAGCAGAAUCUUUAAAUGAUGCCAACGUUGUUAAGGACCUGAAACUUCAGCAUGAGCUUCACAUAAGGAAAGCUGAUGUAUUUAAUGUGCAGAUCAGAGAAGCCACAGAAGCUGCAAAACAAAGUAAAGACACUGCAGUGAUCUGCAUGGACUUUGAAAAAAAUUUACCUCUACCUCUAACCGGCAUUGGGCAAGAAUAUUAUAAGCGCCAACUGUGGAUCCACAACCUGUGUAUUCAUGACAAUGUAAAUGAAUCUGCACAAAUGUAUCUUUAUGCUGAACAUUUUGCAGCUAAAGGCCCCAAUGAAGUAAUUUCAUGUCUAGACCAUUACAUUUCUUGUCUUCCAGCUACCACUACAAAGAUAAUAAUAUUCAUGGAUAACUGUUUUUCACAGAAUAAAAACCGAUACAUCUUUGCCUAUCUACAAAGCAUUGUGCAUAAAAGUGUUUCUUUAAGACAAGCUUAUGUUAAGUAUCCCCUCCCUGGACAUAGCCGAAUGCCUUGUGAUCGGGAUUUUGGACGAAUUGAAAAGAGGAGACGGAAAAAAGACAGGGUCAUUCUACCGUCACAGUGGGUAUCACUUAUAAAGAGCACAGAUACCAACAAGCCAUUUAAUGUUGUUUACGUGGAACAUCCACUAACAGACAACAUGAUGGAAGAUGGAACCCCUGUUGUUAAAGUCCUUGACUAUAAAAGAGCAUAUGACCCCUUGCUAAAACCAGUGACUGGCAUUAGUGAGUUUAGAGGGGCGAAAUUUGAAAGAGGUCAGGUACCACUAAGCCGAAAUUCUAUGACUGCAGAAUGCUCAGACGUCAUAUAUACUUUUAAACGUGGGAAAAAACUUUCAACACUCCUUUCAACGAAACCUGAUCGUGCUUACAUCAAUUUUUUGCCUGUCAAGACAGCAAAAUAUAAUGACAUAUGUGAACUGUUAACGCAUGUCAAUAUUCCAGAUGAUGUUACCUUUUAUAGUACUAUUAAAGGUAAAGAUACAGAGGAAGACAAGAGUGACACUGAUGACAUUGAGUAGACUCAUUUGCCAUCUUAAUUUGUGCUGAGAGUAGCAUUAUUUUCCAACUAAAGUGUGUUUUGUGUGUUAAUAAUAUAAUAAAAUGUAUUUAAAAACAUGAUUUUGUUGAAAAAGUGCUUAAGUCCAGUGUUUGGUUUCAGUGCAAGAAGUACCUAAGUCACGGAAUAGGACAAAAAGUACUUAAGUCAAAAAACUAAAUUAUCUAUAUCUUUAAAAAAAAUGAGGGUUUAAAGCUUAAAAAUGUGCAGGUUUAUUCAUGACAACACUACAAAUAUGUAGCAGUAAUCAGAAAUAUAAUGGAAUGUCUUGCCUGAUUUAAAGGUCGUUUUGAAUAUUUGAACUUGAUUAUCUCAAAAUGGUUAUUUUGUGACUUAAGUACUUUUAGCACUAAGGUCUUCAAAUGCUAAGAAAUAAAUUCAUAAUUAAGUUAACGUACAGAGGAGAUGAAUUUUUCUAAUGGGAAAUAUAAAUAUUCCUUCUAGGAGUCAGCCAGGUCAGAAAGAUCUGACAAAUCGAGGACAUCAAGUGUCAGAACUCCAUCUCAAUCUCUUGAACAGUUUGUCCAGGUGUCAGAGAAACAUGAACAGGCAACUUCUCCUGAUCAUAACAUUGAGCAUGUGCCAGUGGCAGACGCAGCAACCAGUGACACUCAAAUCAAUGAUGGAUUUGCUCUGCCAAGAGGUGCACAGUUUUACAAUCUCUCUGCUUUGGGACAUUAUUUUUAAACUGUCCCAUUCCAAGUCUUCUUUUUUUCAUGGAGUUGCAUCUCUUCCUCUAAGAUAAAAUAAAGUCUGAAAAUUUUAAUUUGAAGUGAAAUAGUCACUGAGUAUCAAAUUUACUUUUGUAAGUUAAUCCCUUUAAUUAAUUAAAAAACUUUGUAUAAAGAAUAAACUUUAAAGAAACCACAAAUGUUCUUGAUUUUUAAAAAUAAAUUAUAAUUGGUGUCAAGUAUAUUAGUCUUAUGUCCAUUUUCUCUUAGUGAUGCUUAGAUAUAGGAUAAUGCAGGCAUACACAUUUCUCACAUGUAAGUUAUUUGAAACUAAUUAUUAAAAUAAUUUGUUUUCAACAGGUGUCUUUGAAAGUUAUUUGCAGCUUGGUGAGCAGCUUAUCGGACCUGAAGCCAAUCAAACAAGUGCAGCAUUUCAACUGAGAAUGGCCAUGGCCAUGCAGAGACAGGUGGAGAAGAGAAUCAGGGCCAAGGUAGGGUUGGGCAUCCUCUCAGUUAAACUCAGCUAAACUACGGUCAGAGGGUCAGAGGGUGGGACAGAGAGUAAACAGGAUUAUCCUGACUGCUGGUUAACCUGAUUAUUUUGACUGCUGGUUAAUCUGAUUAUUUUGACUGCUGGUUAACAUGAUUAUAUUGACUUCUGGUUAACCUGAUUAUUUUGACUUCUGGUUAACCUGAUUACCUUGACUGCUGGUUAACAUGAUUAUAAUGACUGCUGGUUAACAUGAUUAUAUUGACUUUGUAUCCUCCACCAGGUUGACUUUAGCACCAUGACACAAGAACAGAUAGACAUGGCCAUGGCAACUGAUCCAGCCAUGGAGGUGGUGAGGACAGCCGAGGCUGCAACAUCCAUCACCAAGGACACAGGUGGAGUAAUAUUUUUGUUUUAAUGUCUAUAGCUUUUAUAUUUUUUUUAUAACAAAAGUAUCAUCACUGAAAUUCACAAUUCUCGGUAUCAGAUAUUUGUUCAAUCAUCUAUUCACUGUUAACCAUUGUAUUUUUAAAAAAAAUAUCCUUUCUUCUAAAUACAGCUCUUUGCCAGAUUUCUAGAAACUUUUUCAACUCUCAAAGUCACACAUGAGAUGAAAUGAUUCCAUUGACAAAAUUUUUCUCAUUUGUCCAUCAAGGUGUUGAUCCGAUUCAAGAGGCUCUCAACGAAUACAAUAUUAAACAGCACAACAACAUUCUCCCACCAGACAUUUUCAUGGGUCUACGAUUUGCUGACCAGAACACACAAACGAGGGCUGCUAGUGAGGUGGUAAGUGCCCAACUAGAUUUGACUCUCUUUUCAAAUAGAGUAACCUGGCAAUAUAAAGAUAUACUCGGCAAAGUUUUUUUUCUUCUUAUAUACCUCUAGUGAGUUUAUUAUUUCCUAUGGAUCAAAACGUGACAUUUUAUACAUGGAAAUAUGAAUUCUCUGAAAACCAUUGUUAUGUAGCACACUUUUUCCGUGCGUGAACUUUACUUGACCUAAAUUAGAAUCCUAGCAGACAGUAACGUCUGUUGUGGGCGUGGCCUAUUCGUUUGAUGUAUCUUGUUUACAACCGUGUUUACCGAUUAAGCAUGUUAGACUCUCUCCUGGUAUUUUCUCGAAUGAGCUCGAUAACCCAAGAAAUGUAAACAACAUGUCAUAAGUCUUUUCUGGAAGGCAGGGCUUACGCAACCUAUAUAAGGGAUUGACAGGCACGGACGGGGAGACGGAGAUUCAGAUAGAAAUUAUUAACUUUACGAGACGUGUAUUAUUCUUUGUGUUCUUAUGUACGUGUUUAUUUCGCAUUCAUCAUUAUUCAUUGGCACAUUAUUCUAACUGUGUUAACUGUGUACCGGUACAAGAUCUACCAUACUGUAAGUUGAUGAUUUAUAAUUAUAUUUCUUUUGUUUUUUUAUUGUAUUAAUACUUAAUAAAUCUUAAUUAAUUGUAACUGGCAUCUGUUUUGGGUGUUGUAUCUUUUAUAUUGUUGACUCUAUGGUAUCGUCCUUUGUUAGGCACUGUUUACGAGCCAAUAAAAUUAAAAUAGGAGAUUAAUUUCUCAUAUUAGAAGCCAGUGCGUAACACCAUAUUGAAACUAUAGCUUAUACAAAUCCUUGCCUUUGUUUGUAAGACCAAUAAAUAUAUUGUAUUUCUUUAGUAACUAAUGAAAAAUUAGGUGCUUUAAUUUAUGUACUGUCUAUGAAAUAUUACAGUUGAAGAUCAUUUUAGUAAGUAAAGAAAUUUCAGACUAGUGUAAUGUUGUACUGUGAAGAGUGGUCAGAUACUGAUUGAUGGGUAACAAAUGCAGUCAGAGGUAGUGACCCAGAUGGUCUCAAUUUUUUAUAAUUUUAGCCUGGCCAGGGACGUUCCUAUCUCAAUGUUGUUGACAUCCGGGCAUCAUCCAUCUUACGAGACAUACCUGAGCACACUGACUCUGCAGAUGAAGGGCAUGGUGUGGACAUUGACUCUGCCCUGAUGACGUCUCUUAGGGCAGCCCAAAAAAUGGGUACAUUAUUAUUUUACAUCUUAUUUAGAUCUAAUUUACAACCACUAAUUAUCAAAUAAUGUUUAAUUAGUUUCCUAAGCUCUUUUCAAUUCCCAACAAGACAGUUGGAUUCCUGUGUUAGAUUUGAGCUAGGACUUAUUUAAAAGACUGAGCUGUUUACUUGUGUUGACAGAAGUCCUAGAGGAAUCCCUGAGAGAGAAGUUAGCCCCCAGAGCCAGUGUUGUUACUCCACAAGGAUAUGAUUCUCUGACUGUCAAAAUGUUUGAGCAACUGAGGGCCACCAAAGAUGACAGGUAUGUAUAAAAUGAACACCUGGGGGCCACCAAAGAUGAUAGGUAUGUAUAAAAUGAACACCUGAGGACCACCAAAGAUGGCAGGUACGUAUAAAAUGAACACCUGAGAGCCACCAAAGAUGACAGGUAUGUUUAAAAUGAACACCUGAAGGCCAAAAAGGAUGAUAGUUAUAUUAAUAAACUUGACAAUUGACACUCACAUUUACACUUUUAAUCAAUUUUUAGGAGUCAGUUUUUAGAUAAAAAUAAUAAUUGUCUUUUGGUUUCCUAAUUUUUAAUUCAUAUUAUGUAACAAACUUGCAAUUAUAAUAUAUACAAGUUAACCAUCUUUCAUGUAGAGUCUCAAUUGCUGUUAUGCCACGGAGCAGUGUCUCUGAACCCAAGUCGGCCAUGAUUCGCCGCCUCCGUGACAUGUCGGACCAGCUGAAGGCUAUUGAUGAAAUGUCUCAGAACAUUGAGAGAGAUUUCAAGUCAUCUCAUUUGGUAAUUUUUUUUUUUUUUUACAAUCUGUCUCCACUGGUCAAAUUUUACUGCUCCACUUCUACUUAUCUUGUAAUUUUUUUAAAAAAAGUACUCCGCUGUCUAUUUUACUGCUAGACACAUAUUAUUUUACUAAAACAAUGUUCAAUAACUCAAUGUCAAAGAAUGACAUGUGAAUAAUUUCAUGAUUAAAUUUGUUGAGCACUUGACAGCAACAAAUUGCAAAUAUGUAUUUAUUUGUUUAUAUGUAUGAAUUUAGAUUUCCGGUAACAGAUCUUGAUUUAACUGCAUGAAAUCUUAAGAAUAAAUAGCCAUCUUUUAAACUCACAGCUGCUGAGUACAAUACAAGAUGUCAAUGCCUCCAUACAAAGGUCAAGGUCUCCUAGCCCGGAUAGGUCAAAGUUCAAAAGAGAGAAGGAAAUAAGAUAUUCCAUGAAUGAGGAAGAAGAGGUUAGUACCGUUGUUCAUUAAAUUUAAUUUUUUAAAAGUGUAUUAAAUAUUUUUAACAUUGCCUUCAACUUCAAGGUAGCACUAAUUAAAAUGCUGUUCUGUCACUAUUAAAAAUAAUGUAUAAAACCUCACAUUCAUACUUCAAUAUGUCAUAAGCACUAUUUAUUUUUAUUCUAAAAAACUUACCAAUCUUAAAAAGACUUAAUUAUAGGCAUAGGCCAAGUUAAUUGUAGUGAUUUUUCAAAUGCAUCAGGAAUUCAAUAUUUAUUUACUGUCAAUAUUUAUUUUUUAUCAAUAUUUAUGUCUUAUCAAUAUUUCUUUCUUUUUCAUUAAAACAAAUAUAUAUUUGCAACAGUGAUUGGAAAUGUUAAAAAUAAAAUUUGUCAUAUCACAUGUUCAAAGCGAGGUUCACCUACUUUACCCUCACCCAAGACUUCCAUAAAAUCUCCUAAGGCGAGUGCCAGAUCUGUCAAGUCCAGGAGCACAGUGGCCACCGAGAGGUCAGUGUUAUUAUACUUUUUUGAUUAUAUCACUUCAUAAUAACCAUUCACUGCAUAGGGCAGAAGUCAUUAGUAAAAUAUUUUAUACCCAUUUUUAUAUUUUCAUAAGAUUACAUACUUGAUUAACACAUUUUCAUAAGAUUAAGUUUCAUAAGAUUAAGUUUCAUAAGAUUAAGUUUCAUAAGAUUAAGUUUCAUAAGAUUACGUUUUGUAAGAUUAAGUUUCGUAAGAUCAAGUUAUUCAUCUCUUAAAGGAUGAAAGCUUUAAAACAAAUUUUGGUAGGUGGAGAAGACUCUUCAAAAGUUGCUUCCCCUAUGCCAAUGAAGUUUUUAUUUUUGAUGAUGUAGUUUGAUGAGUUCACAUUUCCCAAUGUUACGUUACAGCAGAGAGGCAGUGAGUCAGUCAGAAAGUGAACUAACUGAUCUGAUUGCUGAAGUGCUGGCUCAGAGUGGUGCUGACUUGCAGACUGCUGGGUUUUCUCAAGAAAUUGCUCUACAGUUGGAGAGGGAUACAAGGGAAAAAAUUCAGAAAGAGAAGUGAGUAAUCUGGCUUUUUACUCACAAAAGUUACUAACUAGUAUAAUGUUACAAGUAUUUCUUACACCCCAUCCCUUUCCCACACAAACUUGUUACCAGUCUGAUCAACAAAUGGUCACUGGCAGAAAUCCCUGUUUUAGUAUUUAGAAGGUCUUGUUAUAUCUUUUCACAAAAUCAUUUUUGAAUAAUAUAACAAUUUUUUUUUUUUUUUUUUUGCUGGCAUCCGUCCGUCACAAUGUGACGAUGGAGUGGGCCUCGUAGGACGAAAUCCACAUAGCCUGGGAUUAUUAUACUGGCAUCCGUCCGUCACAAUGUGACGAUGGAGUGGGCCUCGUAGGACGAAAUCCACAUAGCCUGGGAUUAUUAUACUUUAAGGAUUAUAAGCUGGUUCCCAACAGCAAAUCGCCUCUCUCCACGCCGCUGGGUAACCCAAGUGAACAUCAUUGGAUGAUACAGCUUGGCACCAGUGACGUCGCAGGAGUUGUCGGAAUGUUUUAUUGUAUCAAUGUUAUCCGCCUUUCGGGGUUCCAUUUCCGGGUUUUGAUUUCAGAGUUUCCUUCUCUUAGAUGAGUUGCCGUCCAAGGUUAACGAGUCCCAUCUACCCGGGGUGCUCGUGGUGUUUUUGCUCUAGCUGGAAUUGAACUCCAGACCACCAACUUGAGAUUUGCUCAGUUUAGACCACCCAGCACCCAAAAAAAAUAACAAUAUCUUUUUAUAAAUUUGUUAAUAAAUAAGUUUUGUUUUCAAAGAGGAUAAAAUAGUUAAGCAUACAGAACCAGAUUAAGUAUAUUAUAAGAGGGGAAAAAAUCCUUUGAUAAAAAUAAAUUCAGUUCCAAUUUUAAUGUUAACAUCAGGGAUGACAUAAUUUCUAAACAAUGAAUAUUUUUACAUUCCACCCCCAUUACCAUGUCAAUAAAUUUUUACGCUGAUCAGAUAUGGAGGCCUGACUCCUAGAGACAAGCUGAUCAGCAUGGAGAGAUCUGAAGAGAGCUUACAGAAGAGAAGUCUGGCUGAGAAAGAGAAACUGAAGCAAUGGAUGACAGAGAAGUACCACCAGAGGCAGGACGAGUACAAGAGGAGGAGGAGCGAGCUGAUAGAGAGGGAGCCGAAACCUUUCAAGUCUCUGUCAACUGUAAGUGUUGGCAUGGUGACUGGUCAGCAUCACCCUGCACCUGGGUCAGGUUUACUCUAACUAGGUCAGGGUUACAGUGUGUAUACUGUGUCAAGUUUGCUGUGUAUAACUAGGUCAAGUUUAUUGUAAUUAGGUCAGGUUUACUGUGCUUACUCUCUAAAUAGGCCAGGUUCACUCUGAAACUAGUUCAGGUUCUUUCCCUGACUAUUUCAGGCUCACUCUUUAACUAGGGCAUAUUUAUUCUGUAAGAAUGUCAGGUUUACUCUAUAACUAGCUUACUUAAGCUUUUUUUUUUGUAUAACCUGGCCAAGUUUUCUGUGUGUACUCAGUAAUUCCCAAUUUGCUUGUGACAUUGUAGCUAAUUAAGCUUCAUUCCUAAAUAUUUGUGAGGAAGACAAUCAUUGUUGGUCAAAGAAAUUAAGUACCUUAUGUUUAGCAAAGUGAAAUUUUCUACUUUUUAAAAGUUGUCCCAUUUAUUGGAAAGACAAUAAAACUGUCUAUAAUUACUCCACAGGUCACAAGACAAAAUCUGAAAACCCUUGAAGCAGAGCACAGUGAGAAACGUAUCCACAUGGCCUCUGAGUUCAUGAAUCAGCGUCUGAUUGAAGCAGAGCAUCUGAUGGGGAGCAUAAUGGUGGAUCAGCCUGACAUGUCCCGGGCUCUGGCCUUUGAGACCAAAACAAGGAGACUACCCACACAGUCACCCAAACGUCCGGGCUCCACGUCCACCACAUCUCCAUCACGACACAUGUCUGGCGCAUACAGGAAGUCACGGUCACCCAUCAGAAAAGCAGCAAGUUCAGCCACUUGGUCCUACAAGCCGGAGUCAUCAAGUAGAUGUGAGGAGACAGCUUUUAACAAACAUUUCCUAUUUACAUUGAAAUAUGUUCAUAAUUACUUUUAAAGACACAUUCAUAUUUACAUUUAAAGACACAUUCAUAUUUACAUUUAAACACACACAUUCAUAUUUACAGUUAAACACAGAUUCAUAUCUACAUUUAAACACACCACUUUUUGAGCUGUGAAAAGGGGAUAAAACCAUCUUCCUUGAUGGCUAAUACAUUUAGAUUUGCUGAAAAAAUUUAACUGAGUCACCAUUUGGAAACUUUUACCUUCAUUAUUAAUUUAAUUUAAAAUGUCAUUUGAAAGUUGGGAAUCUUGAAUCCAUAAAUCUCUGUAGAAAAACUGUUUAACCAUCCACUGAUCCAGCCACACACUGCUGACUGAAUGUUUCUAUGUCUCACCCAGCACCUCAAGCCAUUAGGUCUAAGAUGUCAACUGACUCAACUCCUGUCAAGAGCAUCUUGAAAGGCUCAGGUCGAGAGAUGCAGCCAAGCUCUGCUGACCUGUACUUGGACCACCCUGUGUUAGCGUCCAUCAGUGAGGUGGACAGGAGUGUGGACUCCAGCGCUGACCUCAUCAGCUACGCCAAACAUGUGCUGGAGAUGGACAGCCAAGAUCGCGUGUCACCAACCAUGUCAUUUUUACUGUAAGUAUAUAACUCUACUUCUGUAGAAGGGAAAUAUUUUAAAAACAUUUCCCUUUGUUAAUUUAUUUCCAUGUACAUUUUUUUGUUGGGCAUUUAGUUAGAACAUAAUUUAAAUAAAAAGACGAUUUAAAAAUUGAAUGUGUUACUUCCAUACCUUUUGCUUUGUGGCCUGGCCUGUUGUAUGGCUGAGUGAACUGCAGAGCUGCACAUCAGAUGGGACCAAGAAGAAGCUGACACAUCUCCCUGCCAUUUUCUUUCUGCUUUUAGCAGCUUCAAAAAUUAAUCUAUGAAAUAAAUGUCCCAUCAAAUUUGCUUUGUGGACUAAUGUUAAAUUUGUUUCAUGUGAAGACCAUCAACAAAACCCAAGCCAAGAGAAGAAGCUGUAAGUUCGAGGAUAGGAUCUUCACCUCAGCCCUCUAAAAAAUCCCCAGCACGACAAGGGAAAUCCUACGCAGAAGUUGUUCGCAUGCAGAGACCAGAAGCUACCAGAAAGUGGAAAGAAAUAAAUCGUCAAAGGCAGAUCCUGGACGAAGAGGAGCGGCUGACAGCCAGACAGGAAGCACUGAAUAAAUCUUUGACCGGGCAGAAUUCAAACCUCUUUCAACCCAAAUCAAAAGACCUGGGUAAUUUCCCCUUAGCAUAUUCAUUAAUUUCAGAACCAAAAUAAUCAUCAUUGAAAUAUUGGAUUUAGUUGAAAAGCUUUGAGAUUGUGUGACAUUGUUUAAUUGUUUGGUAUUAAUGUCUCAAGAGGAUACACAAGGGAGCUAAGUGCUAGAAGUUCUUUAUGAGAUGGUUUGGAAAUCUCUGACUCAAAUAUAAAUAGAAAAAUAUUGAGAUAUUUUUGGUGGGUGGACAUUAUAAACCCACAGUUGCCAAGUGAAUUCAUGAAAUGUCUUAAAUUUUCCUGUUUUAAAAUAUGAAAUGUAAUUUAUCAUUAACACCCUCAUAGAAAACACAUCACAUUUUGAAUAAGAAACAACUCCCCAUGAGCUCAAUAAAAACUUGCACUGAUAACAUUUUGUUUAGUUGAAAAGAAUUUCUGUUGUCAUAACAUACAAAAAUAUUUAUUAAUCUAUCUUCUUAUUUUCUUUCAAGGCACCAAACAGAUUCCUGGAUCUGGACCUAGUAAGAUCGUACCGCGGAGGGUCAAGACAUAUUCUGAACGUCUACAGGAGAUGAAACCGGGCAGAAAGUUUUCAGCACCAGUAUCUAGAAAACCUGUCUCGGGUAAGUAAAGCUGUAAGCAAAGUAAGAUGACCGUUAUUUACCUUCUUACCUAUUCUUAAAUAUGCUUUAUGGCUAGCCAUGUCUUGAGGCAUUAUUGACUUCUUAAGACUUCCUCUUCCAAUAUAUUAAAGUGCUAAUCUCACUCUCUCCAGUCAUCUUUGCUGAGAGAAAUAAUUAUAUGACAAUUCAGGAGGUGACUGAGAAGUGUAUGCCUACCUUUAUUUAAGUAACAAUCUCUGACACACAUUUGAGAAGUAUAACAUUAUUGCUAGAGACUUCUCUGUGUUGAUGGUCCACACAUUUGAGAAGUAGAAGAUAAUUGCUAGAGACUUCACUAUGUCGAUGGUCCACACAUUUGAGAAGUAGAACAUUAUUGCUAGAGACUUCACUAUGUCUAUGGUCCACACAUUUGAGAAGUAUAACAUUAUUGGCUAGAGACUUCACUAUGUCGAUGGUCCACACAUUUGAGAAGUAGAACAUUAUUGCUAGAGACUUCACUAUGUCGAUGGUCCAUGCGUUUGAGAAGUUGAACAUUAUUGCUAGAGACUUCACUAUGUCGAUGGUCCACACAUUUGAGAAGUAGAACAUUAUUGCUAGAGACUUCACUAUGUCGAUGGUCCACACGUUUGAGAAGUUGAACAUUAUUGCUAGAGACUUCACUAUGUCGAUGGUCCAUGCGUUUGAGAAGUAGAACAUUAUUGCUAGAGACUUCAUUAUGUCGAUGGUCCACACAUUUGAGAAGUAGAACAUUAUUGCUAGAGACUUCACUAUGUCGAUGGUCCACGCGUUUGAGAAGUUGAACAUUAUUGCUAGAGACUUCACUAUGUCGAUGGUCCACACAUUUGAGAAGUAGAACAUUAUUGCUAGAGACUUCACUAUGUCGAUGGUCCACACAUUUGAGAAGUUGAACAUUAUUGCUAGAGACUUCACUAUGUCGAUGGUCCACACAUUUGAGAAGUUGAACAUUAUUGCUAGAGACUUCACUAUGUCGAUGGUCCACGCGUUUGAGAAGUUGAACAUUAUUGCUAGAGACUUCACUAUGUUGGCGGCCCAGUGUAAAAACCAACAUGUCAACCAACAGCCAAAAAACUGAUUUCUUAAAUAUUUUGUGAACAAAAAUGUCACUUGUAUAUAUAUCUUCAAUGUAUCUUUUUAAUUUCAGCUCGUACAACUUCGACAGCUCCAAGAAGCACACGUCGUGGACCACCUCAAAAAUUGAAGUUACAUCAAAAAGCAGCAGUAUCUUCACAAAAGACUUCACAGGGUUAGUACGCUCAGUGAAACCUUCACUUGAUAUGUUAAGGCAGUGGUUCCCAGCCAGGGGACCUUAUGGCAGCUCCAAGAAAUAAAAUAACACCAUCAACUUGAAAGACACAGACUAUUCCUAAGUAGUUUAUUCUAAAAAGGGUUCCAUGAGUCAAAAGGGUUGGUCACCACUGUGUUAAGGGACAUUGUGUUACAGAAAAUCUUUUUUUUUCUUCUGAAAUAUUAUUAAUAUUUAAAAAUCUUGUUACUGAAAUACUCAAUAACAAUAUUGGUUCAAAAGUAUUUUUACUGUCUGAGCCUUGAAAAAUAAGAUAUUGUAAGUAUUAAAAAAAUAUUCCAAGAUUCAGUUAUAAUGCUUCGACUCAUUACAAGUCAAAUUUUAAAGUCUAGUGACUUCUAUAUCGGAGGUUUAAAUUUGAAAUAAGUAUGUUUUUUAAUUUAUUUUCACAGUUGCAAGGAAGACAUUUGUCCCAACCAGAACCUUCUUGCGCUCUCACGGUCCACUGCACAAACCAAAAACUUACGCUGAACAACUGCAUGAGUUAAAUCCUCACCCUCACCCAGCCGAGAUUUCUCAUUCAAAAACACCUAUGCAUGCAACAGGUAGACAAAAAAAAAAUGGACACUAUCUAAAAUCUGUGUGUUAAACCAAAUUGCUUCACAGGGACAACAAAAAGGGAAUUUGGUCAGAUUCCUCCUUUGGGAUAAAGUCAAAUAGGAAAAAUAUAUCUUUGAAACUUGGUUGCAUGGCUGACUAAAGCUAGAACUCGUGAUUUAGAAACUCAGGUUUUGUUAGAAAAAUGGUAGUCAUGUUUUAUGGAUUAAGUAGUUGUCAGUUGACAGAUAUUUGAUUGGUGUGAACAUCAGUUUAGAAGUCGUUUGAUCUGUAUGAACAUCAGUGUUAUGUAUGGUUAGAUGUUUUUUUGCAAAUUUUAUCUGUUUUCAAGAUUUGGCUCAGUUGUUGAACAAGAUGUGACAAAGGAUUGAAAACCAUUUUACAAAGAAAAUGAUACCAAAACUAGUGAUAAUAACAAUAUUUAAUUUAAUUAUACUAUUAAAUUUAUAAAAAUACUAAUUCAAAUCUACAGAAAUAAAAACCAUAUUAACUUACAGCACAGCAUGUGAAAAAGUAUAAUCCUCAAAAGGUACAAAUAUUAAUAGACACACACACACAAAGAGCAAUAUCCUGUAAGGGCCCUUUAAGUAUAAUAAUAUGUUCUUGUGUCUAGGAAAUCUAGCAAAUCACUCUUGGCUGGGAAAACUACCUGCUUAUUUAUAGGGAGGAAGCUGGAACCCUCCAGAAAAGAAAUUCUAGACAUUGCAUCACCUGCUAGCAUUCUUUUAAACAGGCCUGCACAAAUCAAAAUUUUAGGCAGGCCGUAAUACUUUAUGAAAAACUUGUGCAGGCUAAAAGAAAAUAGGACAAGGGGAAAGCUAUUACGAAAAUAAUAAAAAUAUUUACUAAGAAUAUUUUGUUACUUUGCAGGACGCAAAGUGGGUGCUGGCGGGCAGCAUGUUGUACAGGCCUGCUUUAGAACAAAUUAGAUCACCAACAACCUUUUCCCAAUCAAAGAAGGGUGUUACACUAGUGGCAGAGCACUACACAUUCAAUUGGUUAUGUCAAUAUAAAUAAUUUUUUUUUUAUCAGGGGAGAUAUGUGGUGGACAAAAGCUAGGUCAGCACAAAGCUAAAACAAUCAGUUUGGUAGAGAUUUGAUUGGUGUGGACAUUAGUUUAGUAGAUAGAAAUUUGAUUGAUUAUGAACUUCACUUUAGUAGAUAUUUGUUUGGUUAUGAACAUCACUUUAGUAGAUAUUUGAUUUGUGUGGAUAUUAGUUUAGUAGAUAUUUGAUUGGUUGUGAACAUCACUUUAGUUUAUAUUUUAUUGGGAUGGAAAUGUACUAGGGCACAUAAAUGUCAGUUUUAAGCCUAGCAUUCAGGUUUCACCAAUUCCACAAUCAAUAUAAUUUUUUUUAAAAUGCAAUCUUUGUGAUCCUUUGGUAUUUAUUUAAUCAGUUUCCCUAAUCUAUCACACAUCUAUCUUCACAGUAACUGUGCACAGUUCUGGGUCCCGUAACCAAGCCAGGGCCAGGCCCUACAAUGACCCAUACUCAGAUAUGGAUUAUGAAGAAAUUGCUUCUGUGCUUAGUGGCUGGGAAAUGGAUGAAAAUGUGCACAAUAUUAUUUAUGGGGGCUCAACUGUGACAAGUUCUGUGGCCUUCCUAGUGAGUAAUUAUUUAUUUACGGGAGCAGCAAUGAAUGUGAAUGUUUUUUAUCCAAAUAAGAUAUAUUACUUUUUAAUAUUUCACUUUUUUAGACUAGGUUUAAGUCAUUGCUUGCUGACAUUUGUAAUGAUAGGAAAAGAAGUAGAACUAUUUUUCAUUUAUAUUUAAAUUGUUUUGAUCAAAAUUUAACAAAUUCCCUUGCUGACAUAAGUAUACAUGAUAAUUAUUUUUGUUUGAAUACCAUAUUUUGUUGCCAUAGGUGCUUUGAUGCAUUAGAUGGUUUUUGGGAAUAUUUUAGAGAAAAAAAUGGGGCGUUUAAGCUGCAAAAUGCGAGGGUGAUUAAUACCUAUAUUGGCAGUUGAAAAAAAACAUUGUUUUAAAUACUCUAUGGUUAGCUGUUGGUGAUUGUCAAAACUGGGUUACUCUAAUUUUUUCUAGUUAUCGAAGGUGGAUUAAAGAUUAUAUUUAAUUACACAUAUAUAUAAUUUUUAAACAGGUUGAUGAGCUGGACAUGAGUCGGUCUGGAGGGGAUGCACGUCACUUCGCCCCAUCAGAGAAUCAAUCGGAUUAUUUUGAUGCCAUCAUGCGAGGGAGGCAACCUUUCAGGUACAAAGAUUUCUAUAAAUCCUCAAAAAUCUAGAAAAAUUAUUUUUCUCAAAAGCCAAGUGUAAUUAUGUAAUUUAUUUUUCCUAUGUUAUGCAACUUAAGAUCCCCAAAGUGUCAAAUAUAAAUUUUGCCAAUUCUAAUUUUUGUUGUCACCUCAGUUGUAAUAUUUCUUAACAUUUUUAAAAAGUUCACCAAAUGAUAUUUAUCCUGUAACAAUAUUUCCAGGUCAACUGACAGUGAUGAAAUCGGUGCUGGGGAUUAUCGUACGUCUGUUGACAUUCAUGAAAUUGAACGCAUCGCUGAUGCAGCUUCAGUCGGCAGCGGAAGUGUUUUAAGUGUUAUUGACUGGGAUGCCAUUGAGGACCUGAUCCGAGAUGUUUAAGUCUAAUUCAACAUGAUGAAAUGAAGACUCCCAAAUGUAUUCUGGAAAAUGGAGGUUUCAUUUCAAAGCUUUGGUUGUCGAAGAGAUGACUACAGAAUACUAAUUUUUAUGUGACAAUUAUUUUAAGUGACAAUAUAUUCUUGUCCCAAACAUUGAUGAAGACAGAAAUGUGGCAAAUAUGAAGGCCAACUGUACAUGGUAGGAGGUCAUUUUUGACAUUGGCUUUUGUGUUAGUAGGUUAAGACCUAACAAAUGUUUCUUCUAAAAAAUACCAGAUACUGUUAAAUCUUUUUAAAAGCAAACUGUGAUAAAUAAAAUGAUCUUUUUGGUGACAGAAAUGUUUUGUUUUUUUUUUAAAUGUGGCGCAUGCUUUUUAAAAAAAACGCACAAUUUGAAGGUAGUUUUAGUCAAGGAUGUAUAUUCUAUAUCCUAAAACUUAAUUUGUGUUUCCAUGUAUGUUAUAUUUAGAGAAUGGUGUUGAACCUUCUCUGUUCUUACUUCUCUUGUUAACGGUUCAUAGUUAGUAAUUAAAAUUUGAGAUUUACAUUAUAACAAUGUAUUCGAUCUUUGAAUAUAAUUAUCCUAACUUCAGUAAAAUGAAUAAUUUCAUAAUAUUUGUAUUUUUAAAAAUAAUUAUUAGCCGUCCA